AACAUCUAAAGAUUUAAUGAACAAAAUUAGCAAAUAACCAGGUGGUACCACUUUAUUUGGAGAGUCACUAAGCUUGAGUCACUUAAAAAAGAAAAAAAAAAUUUUUUUAAUGGUAUCACAGCAACAUGUAGGUCCUUUUCUACCUCUGAGCCUUACAGUUGUUAAACCCUCAAAAGUCAGAUUUACACUGUGAUCUGUGUUUCCAAAGAAUCACAUCUGCUGUAUGAACCUGUAACUGGUAAUACUCUUCCAGUUGUUGGAAGAGAAAAUCCUUCAUCUGUACUGCAGAACAGAACCAGGUCUGUUUAGUCAUCUGGUCUGGUAUCAUCAUAUCUGUAGACGUAAUUGCAAAGGGACUAAUGGAUUUACUAUCGCUUUGCAUCAAUCAUCUCUAAGAUUUAACAUAGACAAAGAGGAUAAACUCGACGCAUUUAAGCUUGUGUGUCCAAAAGUACCUUCAUGAAGGAAGUAAUUGUUUAUUCAUCCCUCAAGCUGCAAAUCAAAGUAUGAGUAAGACCUUAAAAUGUAUAAUGCUGUAUAAUGUCGGCAUUAAGUGCUCCAAUUAAGACUAUUUAAUACGUGUAUUUUGGUCUAGAUAGCAGCAGGGCAUUGACUAUAAAAUACAGGAACAAUAUAAUUAGAGCAGUGUAAACAGAGGGAUUCAUUUGAAGGGUACAGAUGUGAGGGUCAUCAGAGUACAGAGGAGGAUAUUGGAAUAAGGAGGAUAUUGGAUAUUGGAAUCAAUGGUAAAAUAUAUUUAAUGAAAAUUCAAAGAAAAGUUGCAUAGUGAUGUCAAAUUUAUAACCCUAUUGAAAAAAAUAAAAAAAAAACCUUUAAAUCACAGUGUUAUGAAGAAAAGUUGAGAUGAAUUGCAGUGAAAUGAUGGCUUCUGGUUUUCAAAGGCCUAAAGAUGCAGCAAAAAACUCUCUUUUCUUAGCUGAACAAUGUUUCAGUUUUACGCUCACAAAAGGAUGAAAUCUUGCACUGCCAGACAUAAACAAGACACUGAGACAAUUUUUUAGCCAUCUACUGUCCAAUUACAAAACUGCAAGAAAUGCCUUCACAAACAUUGGAUGACAGAUUGAUAAUGAGCGAGAAGAUGAACACAAUCCCACAGAAUCAGUUACAAAGAACCUGAGACUACAAUCUGUACAGGGCUACAAAGCUCAUGAUUACCUCUUAGAGGGGGGCAACUGUCAUUAUUUUGUUACAAACCCUGCUGCUCCUUGAGACAAGGAUGCUUUAACCCUAAUGAAAUUACUGAGCUAACAUUCUCAGGAUGACAAAGCUAGCUCUAGGAUGUUUAGUUACACAGCUUCUGUCCAAUGUCAAUACCUUGUCGUGCUCCUCAGCUUCUUAUAAAUUGUAUGUGUGAAAAAGCCCACACAACAGACACUCAUCUAUCAUGAAUAAAACAUAUAACUUUAUCCCACUGAAGCUUAGUAUUACAUGUUAUUCCAACCAUUUCACAGUUUACUUCACGAUAAAGCUCUGGAAAAGGAGGAUAUAGGAUAAUGGAGCACCAAAUGUGUUGAACUGCACUAAAACCACCGGCUGGUAUGUAGUCUAGUUUCUCAUGAUACAGUAGGUUCAGGUAGCAGUAAUAAGAAAACCAAAGAAAAGUGAUGCAUUUCUAUUUUUUUCUGUGGAUUUUAUGACUUACUCAUACAUUUACAGACUUGUUAAGUUGAAGGUUGUUGUUUUUACAGUGUACAACCUGGGCUACCAGAACCUCUCUGCCUAAAGGCCUCUUUAUUAUUGGAGCAAUAAAACUCUUCCUCUUUUUCCUGAAUAAAACCAGACACUUCUCGCAGAAAAUAGUCCUGCACAUUUAUCUACAAAUAUUCUGCAAGGCCAAUUCAAGCAAACAUCCUUGGGGUCAAAAAAUAGUUUUAGAUCUGUUCAAAAAGUUUCAUGAAUUCAAAUAAAAGCGUCUGAACAUAGCCAAACUUCUGACAUACUUUCUGCAUUUUUAUUUCCAACAUCAUAGCACAAGAGUCACUCACAAGCAACACUUGAAGGCACCAGUUAAUACCACUAAGUUCCAAAAGGAUUCAAUUGGUUAAUUACUGAAUUUAAUGAAUGUAAAUCAGUGUAUUAAAAGUCGUGCCACGAGCAGGUUUGACUGUAAACACAGAUGCAGCAGUCUGAAAACUACCAGCUGUUCCCGUUCACGACAGAAGCUGCUGCAGCUCUGAAAUAGGUCUGUGUGUCAGCGCAGCUCCGUCCGUGUAUUUCCGGGUGGUGCGAGGCUGCUCCGGUACAUCUCAGCUAGCAUCACUUGGUCCUGCCUCCUUCCUCCAUCCAGCCGCAUCAACAGCCACCUGAGGCCGGGACACAAACCAAACCAGCAGAUAUUGACCGAAGCCAAUCAAUAAUUGAUGUCUUUUAGCUGAAAGCCAAAGCCAGGGGGCAGCGGGCAGGAGUUAUGGCGGCGUCGCUUCUCUCCGAGACCGACAUCAGGCACCGGUCCAUGGCGGAGGAGGAUCCGAAUGGAAAUGAGCACGGGGCGGCUGCACGCAGCGCUGCGCCUCGCUGGGGACCGCAGCAUGCCGGGGCCCGACAGCUGGCAAGGCUCUACUCCCCCGGUAAGAAGGCGUUUGUGUUCCCAGCUAGUGUUAUUGUGGGUUGUCACUCGCUAUGUCGGUAAUAGGACUCAGAGUGAGACAUGGUAACAGCAGAGGCCUCAAAGCCACAGCGCGGACGUGGUGGUGAUGGUCAUAGGAAUGAAGAUAGUGAUGAUGAUGAUGACGAUGAUGAUGAAGACAAUGUGUUUACAAACUGCCAACACUGUGGAGACGUGCUAACAUUUGUCAUCUCUGAAUAAUUACCAUAACUUAUUAAUCUCAGUAUAUCUGCUCUUCAAUCAGGCUAAACAAACCUGUUAAAUAUUUAUACUGAGAGCAAGUGUAACUUCAGGAACCACCCUGAAGUCUUCUGCUUACUCAGCUUACCUGUUUGUUCAAAUUUGGGACAGUUUUUUAUUUUUAUUUUUUUUACUAAAGCUAAAAAUAAGUACUCUAUAGAUAAAUAAAUAAAUUUAAAAAAUGCACCUGCCGGAGUCAAACUUGUAACACAGAGGCCCUAAGACCAUAUCAUAGACACAAUGACCCUGUAUAGUUUUAAGUUCAUUAUUGUGUCUGUGUACAAAUGAGCACCCCAGAAACACAGCAGUAAACAGCACAUUAUGUUUAUUGUUAAGAACCAGAAUCAGACCCCUUGUAUCCUGUUGUGUAAUUUUUUUCCAAAUCCCAACUUGAUGGCAUCCCCCUUACCAUGAGGUGACAACGCUGACCACUGGCGCCCUAGAUAAGAGGCUGUUUUGGCAAGUGUUCACAUCCUUCUUGCCUGUUUUUGUCAUCUCCAUACUGUGAACUGGCUUACACAAUUAUAUAUUGUCUCUAAAGAAGUCUCACAUCAGUUUCGGUUGAUAUAAUUAAAUACAAACUGACAGUGGUCAGUCUUGUCCUUUCUAUUAACCAAAUUUUGCCAUGACUACAGAGCUUUCAAGAUGGGUCAUGUCUCUGUUGGACUUGCCUUGCAUCAUACUAAGAAACAAAAAUGUAAGCUGCAGUAGAUAUUAAUGACUCAAUAAUUUUAGUGAUUGCACAGCAUAAGAAUUAAAAAAUUCCCACACUGAAAUAAAAAAUCUAAAGGAAAAGGAAAUGUUAGUUUUGGAUCUUGAUCCAUCCUAAGGGCCAAAGAGUCAUGCUAUCUCAGCCUUUGUUGCAUUAGUGUUGAUUAUCCUGCUUUGACUAUUUCCAUCAUCAUUCAUUCAACUUUAUGGAGGUAAUGAAAUCUUCCUCCUCUUGAAGCCAAACCCUGGUCCAAGAAGUUACAAACCUCAGAUAAAGGCCUCAAGCACCGCAAGGUUGAUAGGUAGGAAUUUUGUAACACCACUGACGUUUUCCUUCAGCUUGAGAAACAUUUCAUGCCACAGAAUCAACGUCUGUGACAGCCUACUGCAGUAAUCCUCAAAAUCCAGUCCUCAGGGUCCCGGAGUGUUGCUGUUUUUCUUCUUCCCCUGCUGUUUUAGAUUCACCUGGUGUUCAAGUCCAAAUAACUCAUUAGGUGUCUGGAAUAAAAGUGCUUGGUGAAUGAAAAGUAAGCUGCCGUUUUUAACCUGGAGACUGUUGCACAGGAUACAAAGACUUGAACAGAAUCGAUGCUGUUGUUAUUCUUGGCAGAACUGUCAGACCCAUCAUGUAUUGCUAUUUGUGUCAUCACCCUGAGGCCUGCUGAAGAAGUGGCCAUAGAGGUUUUGUUCAACAAUUGUGUCCUCCAGAGAUUGUUUUUCCAGCAGAAAAAUAUCCAGUGUUGUCUUGUUCAGACCUCUUUUGCCAAUUGAUGACUUAAGUUUCUAAAUAGCUAAUAAAUUCCAGAUUUUUUGACAUCAUUUUUGGCAUAAACCUGCUCAUUAUUUCACAUGUAUGAGUUACGCUUGAAAACCCAGGGAGAUUUUUCACUUCCUGUUGCCAUCUGACAUCACAACUUUACUUUGGGGUGCUAUAGAGGUUGUUCAUUUUUACCGUGAAUAGUGAAAGGGAAAGCAAAGUUUAACCACUGUAAUAAAUUGAGCCAUUUUAUCACUGCAGAAAUAUCAGUGGAAGGCGCAUGUGCUCCAGACCUUAGCAAAGAAAACCUGUCUAACCAGUUGUGCAUCAAGCUGGACUGCGCCACAUUUUGCCCGACCAUCUGCCCUGCUUCUCACUUCACUGAGCUUUUUAAUUGCCUCUAGUCAGACCACGUUGGCCACUUGUUAGCACUUCCUAAAAUAGGACGGAUGAUCAGAUUAAGGGAAGCUUUACAUCGCCAUAACCACUUUAUUUUGGAGUUAAUAUGAGGGCAUAAUAUGCGUCACUGGGUUGACACUUAAACCAAAAGCCUGCACAUUGCUGUGUGUUUACGGUCACUAAGUGCUGAGCCCGGUUCUGCCCCUCACCACUCACUGAGCUGAUAAAGAACUUGACUCAACUGCUGACUUAAGACCUUAAAAACCUCUUUCCCUUUAACAUCUAUGUGUGUCACAGAGCAAAGCCUUCACUUGAAUGAAUGCUGGUGACUCAAGUAGUCCAAUUUGACUGAGUGAUAAUGCCACACUGCCAUUAAUGUAAUUGGAUCUACUCUAUUGUUCACUGCCAUUACAUUAAAGAGAUAACCAGUUCCGCUCUGAUGUUUGGUCUGUUCCGCUGCCAAGCAACACAAACAUUACACAUUCAAGUAAACGGAGAAAAGACAGGCCUGCAUACGUGCAGGUAGACACAUGCACAUAGUUGAUGAUGUAUUAAAGUUGGAUACAGCAGGUAAGAGGGACAGAGAGGGGUGCUGGAGAAGGAACAACAGAUUUUUGUCUCUAAGCGCGUUGUCUUUAUUCAAAGAUCAGAGCCAAAAAUAAUUAGUAUUAGGGACGGUUCUUUAUAGUUGUUGAAACAGUCCUAGUUGGCCAAGUUUUCAUUUGUGGGUGUGUGGCAGAGAAAAAAACAACACCAACAUCCUUCCAGGAUACACAUCUUUCCUUUUGUUUGUGAGUAUGUAAGACUUGUCUGGAGUGUUACCAAUCUGAGCCCUCGCCUGUCAGGAAAAAUCCUUGGUAACACAUGCACAUGAAAUCAUCUGGUCACUUUUAUAAAGAACCAGACGUUGAAAUGUAUGGGAUGUCGUUGUAGCAUAUGUCAUAACCAUAAUUAAGUGCAUGUUUUCUCUAAGUUGGCAGUGGUUAGCAGAAAGGGCUGUGUCGGCUUUAGUGUACUCCGUGAAUUAAGUGCCUAUUUCAUCUAAAGUGACCAUUCGACCAGCAUGGUGUAGUGAGUACUUUACUGUGCUAUAAUAAUGUUCUGUCUCUGUGCUUUUUCAGACUGUUUUAGAAGUAUUAACUGUACUGCUUUACUUUGGUGAUUGAAGCAAACAAUAAUUUGUUUUUCUGACAUGAUUUCUACCAUUACAGUUAGUGGUUUUCAUGCUUAUUCAUGCUCAAAGGUUUAUGUCUUCUGAGAGGUUUAGUUUCAUGAAUUGUUUAAAGUUAAAAUGAUGUUACACCAUUCAACAACAGACUAGCAGAGUAGAGGAGAAUGGUAACAAACACUAAUACAAGAGUCAUUGAGCUUGCUAUAAACCAUGGUUACCCACUUUAAAGUAGCGUUAGACUCUAUUCUGCUGCAGACUGUACCAAACGAGGGGAUCUCUGACAGCUUAUUGGUAAAUUCAACAGUGGUAGUGACGGCAGGCUAAUAGUGGGGCUUGUAUGUACAGUACAUCCUGUUUCACUGCACAGGAGACAGUUGAACCCGAGAAGAGAGACUGAAGCUAUACUCCAGGAGAGUGUAAAAGUAAUGAGAGAAGAACUUGACUUUCAAGGGGAGAUGCAGGAGAAGCUGAGAGUAAAAGAGCUUGGACUUGAUCAGCUGGAAGUCAAACUUCGAGAGAGAGAGAAUCACUGAGAGAUUACACUCAUUUUCAAGGAGGUGUUAUACUAAGACGACUUGGCUAAUAGCAUACAGUGAUGCUAAUAGUUUGUUAAUAUUAGGUUAGACCCAGCAUUGAUUCAGACAGGUACGACCCAUUUAAAGCACUCCUUAGAAAAGACUUAAUAGAAAAAAAAUAAAAACGAAGAAAAACUGAGUUAUUAAAGAGAAUAAAAUGGAACAGCUUUAACUCUUUCAGAGUAUUUCAACGAAAAAUAUAUGAAACAUGUAUUCUGAUGUAACAAAUUCACAUAGUGAAUGAGCAUGAUCCUGAUGAGUCCUAGGUUGUGUGGUUUUUUGCCUGCCUGUUGUUGAAUGUGGCGCUGAUUGAUGGUUAAGAGGAUCACACAUGCAUUUGAGGUCCUGACUCUUUAUCCUCUCUCACUUAGCAGCCACACAGCUCAGUAAGCAGACUGACUUUGGGUCAAAAUAACCUAGAUGAGGCUGUGAUACGAGCAGCAAUCUGAUGUAACACAGGCUCUGAUAAUUAACCCCUCACUGAAGCGCUGCACAACAGUGGUAAAAGAUUGUGCACGGUCAUCAAUACACUCCUUGCAUCCCAGGACAAAUAGUUUCUGACUUAUCAUUAAUAAUUUGAGAGGAAGUUUAUGAGAAAUUUUACUCUCUAGUGUUUUCAAAUUUCUGUAUUCUGGACAUCCUACAAUGUUGAUUAUUGUGCAGUGGUGUGAAGCUCCCACUCAACAGCUCACAGGUUCAGACUAACAGAAAAUAAACAGGGAUCAGGUGUCACUUUCUGCUCCGUGACUGUCUGCAACAGAUAUAUUUGGAACAUAUGCAUCUUCAUGAGAUGAUAAAGACUCAAAAACACAUCAAUAUUCUCUGACCUGUGAGUGAGAACUGAGACUGAAGCCAGAUCUCACACACACACACACGCACGCACGCACGCACGCAGGCACGCACGCACGCACGCACGCACACACUGGAAGAAGAAAGUGGGGUUUGAAACCUAGCACCUACUGUUUUCAUUAGCAAGGGUGCUUUUUCUCACAAUGUCCUCUCUGUGUAACUUUGUCAUUGAAGCUUUUACAAAGUUUUUGCUAUAGUCUUAAAUUGGAAAUAUACAGCUUACAGUUUUAGAAAAUAUCACUCUCGUGUCAGACUGGUAAAAGCUUUGAGAGCAAGAAGGGUUUUAAGUUUGGGUCUAACUUUUAUAAGGUCCAUAAUCAAAGAAACUUAUGGAGAGAAAUAUGAUUCUUGUUACAUUUGGAGCAUUUCUAGCUAACUGCAGAGUCUUGCUAUUAUAGAGAAGCCCUUUAGUCCUCUUGUUUUGAAAUAGGCAGCUUAUUUCUGAUCAGUUUCUGUUCCGUGUUUUUUGUGUUUGUCCUGUCUUUUUGUCUAUACAACUGGUUUGAUUUUUAUAUUGUGUCUGGUAUGAGUUGUACAGCACUUUGGUCAGCCUUAGACUGUUUUUAAAUGUGCUGUAUAAAUGAAUUUGACUUUACUGUGGCUUGGUAGUGCAGUCCAAUAAAUGAAAAUUUACUGGAAGGACCAGCUUUUCUGCAUCUUUAUAGGAUAUUAUGUGAUAUGUGAUAUUUCUGAAUUAAGAUAGAGGACAUAUCCUAAAUGAAUGUACCUCCAGCAUUAUGGACAGUGAGGCUGGAAAAUGAGUGAAGUUUAUUCUGUAGAUUGGUUUAUUCGGCAGCUGCUUUCUUUGUAAUUAUGGAGGUUUAUGGAGUGUUUGUGAUAACAUUACACUGAGGAAACACAAGGUGAAUGAAAAUUCAGAUGCCUCACCUUGGCCUUGGGUGACUCAUUUUUUGUGGCCAUGGAUGAUUCAAGGUAAACAUGUUAAAAACAACAAUGAUCUAACAAACAGGAUACAAACAAGCUCAGUGCAGUUACAUUGACGCUAAUAGAAUGUUCCAGUCUCUGCAACAGGGUUCAACGGUCAGAUGUGUCAAAUGCCACACUUCUGUCGAACAGGACAAGUAAGGGAACAUGUCCUCUGAGAGAUAAGGGGGUCUUUGUAACAUCAACCAGUGCUGUCUUUGUGGUAGACUGUCAGUCCUGGGUGAAAAUGAUCAAUUACACCACUGUUUUAAAGAGAGUGACAUAAAUGAUAAGUUAAUGUGUAGGGCUGCAGCUAUCGAAUAUUUUAGCAAUCGAGUAUUCCACCAAAUAUUCCAUCAAUUAAUAGAGUAAUCGGAUAAAACAUUUGAAGUUAAAGUGCAAUUAUCGCGGAACAAGCAUGUGUGGUAGAGGAUGAAUUACGAAUUAAUGUUCGUAAGAUACAGUGAGGAUUCAAGCUUAUACAGGAGUACUCAAGACAGAAAAUUCCCCAAUCAUUUUUUGUAGUCGAGGUACCUGAUUCUACUCAGUGCAAGAAAGCAUGCUCAUAUAAAGUGGCGUCAGUAAGAAAGAUGUUUAGCUAAAGAUCUCCUUCAAUCCUGGAGCAGUUGCAUUGUCAUGUCUGGAUUUGCAGCAUUUAUUGGAUUAUAUUGCAUUUGCUGUGAAUGCAGUUGACUCGACUUUUUACACCAUGCUUUUUUUUCAACCCUGUUUCUGUCCUUGCAGUUGUUUUGUGCUUAACCUUUCUUGUAUUUUUAUUGUUUGGGCAAUUAGUUUGUGUCGCUUGGUGUAUGAAGAUUGUUGGGACUGUUGUGAAUUGUCUGCUCUUGUCUUCCUUGUAUAAAAGCCCUCUGGGUGGUCAGGAGACUAGAGAAGUCCAUUUGUUGUUACUUUCAUCUGCCAAACACCUACAACAACACUCACAUCUGUCCAUCAAAUCAUUCCUAAUUACGCCUUGAGUUAUGGAUAACUCUCAGUCUUGAUAUAAACUUGUACCAGGCCGCUAACUGGGUAUCUGCAACUUCACUACCUCAACUUAGCACACAAACACUGUGGCUUACAAUAAUUAUUGGUCUAGGAGAUUUUGUGACACUACAUCUGUACAGAUUGAUUCUGAUGAAAAAAAUACUUUGGUUUGAGUAGUCUUUACUUGUUUUUUCUUCAAAGACUGUAUUUUUAAAAAUGGGGAGAUGGGCUUUAAUAACAGAUAUAUAAAUAGUAAGUUUUAUGGUGUGUUUUAGGACUGAAAAAAAAGUUGUGGUUUAGAUUGAAGCAGAUUAAUUUUAAAAACAUUUUCAGAAGAAUUUGCUCUUAAUCCAGCUUUGCUCUGAUUCACAGUAGUUUCAACAGAUCCAAUGCUUUAUUUGGUGCACCAGUUUUCUCCUAAUGAGAUCUGACUUUCAGUGCAGUUUGAGUUUGGAACAAGUUUGAUGAUCAGAGCUGUCACACAAUACAUUAUAUCCUUUCAGAUCAUGUUUUAGGUGAUUUCAAAUAUUGCUGAAACUCUACAUCAAAGCUUGAGAUUAUUGGUCGGUGGUUUUCUGGCUGUAAACAUUGAGGUGAACGUGGUCCUUUACCAGGUAAACCACACAAUGACUUAUAGGCCGUCUCUCACUUUAGCCAAAGGGCACAGCAGGCCGCAAGUAGAAGAUAUGCUCAGCGACGCUAACAAUGUUGCAGAGCCAUUUUAUGGAAACUUAAAAGCAAAAAUGUUUCCCACAUGCUGAUAAGUGUCUGUUAAAGAAAAAUAAACAGCCAACAUUCAAAAUGUCAGAGUGUCCAUUUAAGGGAGCACCACGCUGUUAUGCGCUUAGUUGUUCGGGUCCGGUUCAGCACCGGUAGGAGGUAAAUCUAAAUAGCCGCUCGGCUUGUUAGAGUUUGGAGAAGUUAGAUGAGGCGUCGGCGAUGCUCCAUAGAGCCAAACAUGGGCUCAUUACAGCAAAGCUUGGAUGGACAAACAGCUGGAUGCAUCUCCCUCUCCCCCUGUUUCUGCGUCUCUCCAUUUCUCUUACCAGCUCUCUAUUCAUCCUCUCGUCUCUCUUCGGUCCUCCCAUAUGUCUGAAGUGUCACGGUCCGCUGACUUUCUCUCCUCUCCUCUCUCCCUCUUCUCCUUCUGCUCUCAAAUUUUUCGAAGUUUUCCAAGUCUGGUCACACGAGCAACAUGCAUGUUUGUUUCUGUCUGUGAGUGAGGAUCUCUUAUUGCAUGUUUGGUUUAAGGCUUCCAGGCAUGUUUUGUGUGUUUGCAUGAUCUAGGGUUACCCUGGAGGAUCUCUUGUUAGUUCCUGUAAUAGAUCUAAAGAGUGAUACUGAUCUUCAACUUUAGUCUGUUAGUCUUGUUACUGUGGCUUCUCAUGUGUUGACCUGCUCCCUUUAAACACACAAAGAGACACAUUUCAGAAACUUUAGAUUUUUAUCCUCCAUCAGCAUCGUUAUACUCCAUCUAAAAAAGUUUCAUCAAAACCACCAAGAGGAAAACUGUUGUUAUUUUGUUUUCCCCAAUUGCACACAUGUUGUUGCUAUAUUAACAUUUCUGAUUCCCCAAGCAUAAUACCUGAAGAACAAGACUUGGUUUUAGAUUUGUGGAGUGUGAAAAAUUCAAUCUUAAACAUUUUUCAAAGUGGUUUUACCUUUUUUGAGGAUAAAAAUGUUAACAUCCAUCAAGACCACUAUGUUUAAAAGCAGCCCGGUGUAAGUUUCCCCUCUCCCUAUCUCAGCUCCUCCCAGCGGCGUAAGUCGUAGGGAGGGAGGAGAGAGGGCGUGGAGUGGGUUUAAUACAGCCGAAACCUGUUUUAAUCGAUCACAUAAGCUCCUCUCCUCGCCUUUAAAUCCGCCACUGGCGAGGCGUAUUACUAUUUCGUGAAGUAGUAAAAGAGAUCAAGAGAUGUCUGAAGACAGUAAUGCCACACGAUGGCAACAGAAGGCAGCUCCUCAACAAGUGUCACUCUAAACGCUGCAUUGGGCGUCCUGCACACGCUCUCAUGAGCACAGAUGGAUUUGGUGUGUGUAAUGUUGGACCCACUGGUAAGACAAACACCCUUUUCCACAAAUAAAGACACUCACAUAAAGUUGCACAUAUUCAAACCUCACGUGACAAAGGUGGGUUGAGCGCACAGAUCACAACAUAAACUCCAAAAAUGGCAUUAAAAUCAGAACCAUCUGUGCAUAAAUGACGCAUCGCGCUCCGUGGCCUGGCUCUUUCUUUCAUAGAUGUUGGCAUAUAAAAUAAAUUUGGCCCACAAAACUGAAUAUUAUAAUAUUCGUAUGUCGGCUUAAAGUAAAUAACUCAUCUGAUCACUGAAACAAAUCAUCGGUUCAGCAGCCGCAGCAGCAGCUGCAGCAGGACGGGGAGAGGACACGGAGACAUGUCCAGGUCGAGCUGCACAAGAAAUAAGAGGAAGAGGAAGAAAGAAAAGGAGAGAGACGAACUACAUAUCUUGUUAACUUCAUCAUGUGUGUCUAUUUACUAGAUAUUUAAUUUAAUUUGAUGCGGUUUCAGCUGUGUUGAUUUCGGUCAGGUUAAGUGUCCAAACGCGUGCCAAACGUGCUCAUCAGAUCAGAUAUAGACCAGAAUAUAUAUAUAUAGAUCUAAAUGUAUGUGCUGACUCAGAUUUUUAGUUGUUGAUAAUUAUUUUCGCCAGACGAAAAUACAACUGCGCAGGGCCCGCCACCCUCCGCCGCCUCACCGGCGUACACGAAAAUAGAGCCCUUGAAGGUUAAGCCUUGACACUUACUUGAGACUUGGACAUGUAUGUCUUGGUCCCAUGUCUGUACUAGAAAAGCACUUGGAGAGCGCAGACCUCCGCCAAGCAGCUCAUGUCCCCCCUAAACAAGAAAUACCCUGACCCGGAUUGGAACCCAGGACCUUCUGGUUGUGAGGCAAUGGUGCUAACCACUACACCACUGUACCGCUCAUUGGUUAUCUUUCAGCAUUGAAAAUUCCAUCAACACCUUAUUUUUGUGUGUUCUGGAUCACAGUAUCCAGAAUUUUGUCCGGAUCACCACCAAAAUGUGAUGGGAUCCUCCUGGGGCUGAGACACACCUCUGGUGAAAAUUUCAGGUCAAUCCGUCUGUUACUUUCUCCUUAAAGUUGCUAAAAGACAAACAAACAAACCAACGCUACCGAAAACAUAACCUUCUUGGCGGAGGUAAUAAGCAAGGGUGACAACAUUAUUGCUUUUUAUCGUAUGAUCAGCUAAACGCACUCUCAACCCCUCUCCUGCCAACAAAUAAUGGUCACUCUUUUCAUCUUGCUGCUCUCCAGAGCUGAAGAGUAAGCUUUAAAUAUCUUGUUUUGCUCUAACAGAUGCCAACAAGGGGUAGUUUUAACUCAAAGACAAACAGCCUAACUGAGAUCAGUCAGAUUUCAGGUCAGAUUAUGCUUCAUAAAGAAGUUCACAAACAAGUUGUUCUUCUAUUAAAGCAGACAGUUGAGCUUCUUCCUCUGAGGCUGUAGGCUUUUUAUCAGAAUAACAGACAGAAGGAUAUGUCUUUGAGGAGGUAGUUUGAUGAGUCAAAGCACUUGUCAGUGGUCUGCAGAUUUUGUCUUAAUAAACAUGUGAGGGAUAUCACUCUACUUUUUUUCCCCUGAUGUUCUGUCCAACAUCAAACUGUAUCUUAACAUGACGUUUGAAUGUGCCAAGUCUACAGCGCAGGACUCUGCUGUGGACAGAAGGAGGAGGAGUGACGGGCCUGAAACCUGACUGACUCUGAUUUUCCUGUUGAAGACGUGCUGCUGUGAUAACACUCACUUCACACAUGUGACAGCUGACACAUCUCACACACACAGAAGAACAGACUCCCUGAACUGCUGACCCUGGAGUUAUAAAGGUCAGAGGUCAGAAAUAUGAAUCUGAGCAUAUGUGUUGAGCUCUGAGGGUUGAAAUGGGCUGGGCUUUACUUUGACCUUUGUGUGUGUGUGUGUGUGUGUGUGUGUGUAAUGGGCUCUACAGCAUAAGCAGAGUCAGCAGGAUUAGUAAAUCAUGCAGCCUUACAGAUGAUAUUAAAUGUUGUCUGCUUUUGGUCAGUUCUGUGUUUUUAACAACUGUUUAAAACAAUUUGAAGAGCACAAAGGUGCUCUUGUGUUAAGGAAAACAUCACAAACACAAAAGUAAUUAUGAAUAUAAAGAGCAGAAUGUAUUAAAUGCACUGAUUCUCAAUGAGCAGAUGACUUGUUCGGCAGUUUUGGUGACAGUUUUCUCUCUCUUCCCCUGCAGCUGUUUCCUCAGCUGCAGGCUUUAUAGUCAAUUACUGUAAAUUUCAAAGGUCUUUAUUGCCCUCCUAGUACAGAACUCUAAAGUGGUGGUUAUUUUUGGUAGCUGGUGAGUGCACUCCAGCGUCUUCUCCAGGGAGUGGAAAUCACAGUUUACAGAUUUAAAACGCUGGGAGAUCUAUUUUUGAUUCAGCAUUUGUGUCAAAAGUAUCCUGCUACAUUCUCAGAUUAUUUAAAGUUAAUCCACACUAACUUUGUCAAAAACUGUUUACGCAAUGACAACCUUCUUAACUGCAUGCUUUAAAAUGAUACAACAUCCAUUAUCCUUAUGUUUAGAGGCAGAAGAAUUGAGGUGAUUUUUGGCCAGACUCAUGCAGGUACUGGAGGAACUACAGUUUCUUUCGCAUUUCUGCAUUGGCUUCAUUUCUUUAAGACUAGAAGUUACUACUUGAGCUGAAAAUCUGAAAAAUCAAAAGUUACUCCUUCAUGUUUUUACAGUACUUAAAAUUUUAAAAACUCCUGUACAUGUCCACACAACUGCACACCCAUUGGAUUAGGUUGGUUUACAGCAGCAUUUGUAUGCAAUGCCUAUGCACCAUCAAAGUGGCCUACUACUGCUGGAUGGGCAGAUACAGAAAGUCUUCCAGUGUCCAAUAGAGGCAUGUUUUAGGUUUUCUUCUGACUGUGAUACCACAUGGUCUUAAGACCUUAACCCGCAGACUGUUGACAGGCAGUGGGAGAAUGUGUUCACACACACCUGGUUUAACAUUAUUUUGGAAAAACUGUGCAGAUUUUGGUGCUCAGGAGUUCAUUUUUGUUUCUAUGCUAUUGAAACAGAUGUGAAAUGUUGGACUUUUUAACUUGUAUUAUAUUGAAAUUAAAACUUUGGUGUCAAGACAACUAUAAACCACAACUUUUUUUCAGAGGGGCUGUGCCAGUUUUCAUUGUGUACAAGCCACUAUGGCUUGAUGCUUAACUACUGUGAGAAGCUUUUAACUGCAUAUAAAACAGACUUGCAUUAAUAUUGAUGCUUCUUUAUGACCUGCUGGAGCCAACGAGACCAUCAGCCUCAGGAUUGCUUAUUUCUGAUGUCUUAAACUGCAUGUGCAAAGUACAGUCGAUGUGAAACUGCAUACCACUAAAACAGCCUUUUAUUUUAUUUUUCCUUAUGUUUAAUGGCAAAGAUUUACAAAGAAUGUAAAAAUAAGAUAAAAUUAGGUUCUGUGUUAAAAUACAUUUUAAAAAUAUGCAGGAGAAAAUUCGUAGAGACACAUCAGGCACAUCUUUCUCUGCAGGGGGAGCCAAAAUCAACACCGGACAAAGGGAGCGAUAAGUUUAAAAUAAUUCAGAUCCUGAUUCAGAGUCCAAAGACUUAAAAAUGGAUUUUAUAAUUUAGGAAAAUUUAAUUAGCUGUGUAUGAUUAUAUAGUUAAAAAAAGAUGGUGCAGCAUGUUUGUUGUGCAAUUUCUAAAGGGGAUGUUUUACAUGCACCUAGUUUGUGUUGAAAAGUUGUUAAUGAUGGACCUGACAGAAAUCCUGGGCAAGGCUGCACAACCAAUAUACACAGCAACGAUGAGCACGCAGAUUGAAACCAUGGUGCACACAGGCCGUGCACACUGUCUGCACACCUACACUCUGCAUCUAUGGCUUUAGGCGAGCCUCCUAGGCAGGAUUUUGCUUUUGACCUUGACCAACGCAUUAGAGGAGCCGGGAACGCAGUGCUUUUUCAGAGAUGAGCUGUGCAUGUGUUGUGUGCGUGCGUUUAUGUGCAUGUAAUUAUCCUUAUGAGGGCCGCAGAUGAAUAUGGUGGUAGCAGAAAACCCAGGAGAUGUGAGGAUGGCAUACAGCACACACACUCGCACACAAAAGAUACACACAUGAUGGGAUCUGUCCAUCCUUUUUUUGUCUCCACAGGGGAGGCAGGCUGGAGCAGGGCCUACUUACACUGACUCUCAUGUGGGUUGAAACGUGUGUGCUUGUGUGUGUAUUAUUGUGCUUGAAUGUAUGCAUCUGUUUGUGUGUGUGUGUGUGUGUGUGCCAUUGUGUCGGUAUGCAGUUAUUGGAUUUCAUUUGCCACAUUCCUCUCUUUGUUGCUGUUGAAUCUACAGGGUAAUGGAUUUAUUAAGUUUGUCUGGCAGGCCUGUGUGUGUGUGUGUGUGUGUGUGUGUGUGUGUACAUCCACAUAAAGACGUACAUAUUGUAUUUGUGCUUGUGUGUGUGAUCAUCUGUGCUAUGUGUACUUUGCGUUGAUGUUGGUUUUGUGUGUGUGUGUGUGUAUGUGUGCCUGUUAGUGUGUGUUUGCUUGAGUCCCUGUGUUGUAUACUAUUGUUGUGUGUGUGUGUGUGUGUGUGUGUUUGUGUGUGUGUGUGUGUGUGUGUGUGUGUGUGUGUGUGUGUGUGUGUGUGUGUUUGUGUGUGUGUGUGUGUCCCAGGUUCUCAGGUCCACUGAGAUCAGAUGAAAGGAAAGAGGCCUGUGACUGAUCCACUCCUUCUGAACAGGGGAAUUCGACCUCCCCUCUCUCUCCCCCUCCCUCUCUCUCUUUCUCCCCCUCUUUGUGUCUCCCUCCCUCCCUCCCUCCCUCCCUCCCUUCCUCACCCCAUCUUUCUCUGUUACUGUCAUUCUCUCUCAGCAUCUCUCUCCCUCAUCUCUCUGUCUCCCCUCUUUCAUUCUCAUUCUCUCUGAGCAUGUGACCCACUUUUACCACCCACAUCUCUCUCUUUCUCUCCCCCUUUCCCUCUCUCCCAAAGUCCCAUCUGAAGAUAGUCUACUGAGAGUAAACCAGGGGACACAGAAAGAGAGACGGAGAACAAAAAGACUACCAGAGUUGUCUGGAUUCAGCUCUGGCAUAUAGUAACACCCUCUGCAAAUUAGUGUAAGUAGCUGAUGCAUUAGUGUUUAUAAAGGAAGUCUGAUCUCAUUAAACGACUGUAGAUAGUGUCAAUAAAAGGAAGAAGUGCAAAAAGGUGUGUUCGGGGUGUGUGACCAAACCUAAGAGAUGCUCACUUGCAUUUUAACUCAAGUACAAAACAGAUUAAACUCACUAAGGCAACAACUCAUCUGUGAAUAUUAUCUGUAUGAGCAUGACAGUUUGAAGUUAUUGAAGUUGUGCAUUCACAACAUCACAAAUUUAACAACUAGAAAAGCACUCAGAGAGCGCAGACCUCCGCCAAGCAGCUCAUGUCCCCCCUUAUAUUGUGAUUCACACCAAAACUUUUACUGUUACGUGUCUUUUAUCAACUUUUAUUUGUGUUUAAACUGGUAUGUUCACUGUUCAUAAUGUUCCUAAAACAAGAAAUGCCCUGACCCGGAUUCAAACCCAGGACCUUCUGGUUGUGAGGCCACAGUGCUAACCACUACACCACUGUGCCGCCCAUUGGUUAUCUUUCAGCAUUGAAAAUUCCAACCACACCCUUAUUUUUGUGUGUUCUGGAUCACAGUAUCCAGAAUUUUGUCCGGAUCACCACCAAAAUGUAAUGGGAUCCUCCUGGGGCUGAGACGCACUUCUGGUGAAAAUUUCAGGUCAAUCCGUCUGUAACUUUCUCUGUAAAGUUGCUAACAGACAAACAAACUCACAAACAAACAAGCAAACCAACACUACCGAAAACAUAACCUCCUUGGUAACAAUAACACUCACAAUCCCUUAUGCAACAUAUAAUUAAGCAAGAAUGAAACAACUUUUCACUGUUCCACUACUUUGGCUUUUAAGAGUAUGACUUCAGCUGCUCAACAGUUCAGGAUCUCUGUUUUCAAUGGGAGACAGUUGGCCAGUUUAGAGCGUGGAUUGUUCUGCUACCGAGUCAUGUUGUUGUAAUACCUGAAUAAUGUGGUUUGGUAUUGCCUUCCUGAAAUAUGAAUGGUGUUCCCUAAAAAAGGCAUUGCCUGAAUGGCAGAGGUUGUCGCUUAAAAAAUGUAUACAGUGUUCAGCAUAAGUCAGUACACCCCCGACUAAAAGUAAUGUAUUACUCAAUAUCUAGAUGAGCAGAAGUACAAUUUUCAAAGUUUUGACAAAGCUGAGUUUAACAUAACAUUUUAUUUACCAUAGGAUGAAAAAAAGGGUGAUACGGUAACUGAAAUUAAGCUUUGCUCCCACAACGUUGAUUGGGUGUACUCAUUUCUGCAUCCUGAUUUUGAAUGGAAAAAAAAAAAAAAAUUGUAUGCAACUUAAAAAGUCUUGUUUGCAAUUAAUGGCCUACAUCUGGGGGAGUAUUUUGUUGAUGUAGUCUGACAUAGAAAAUGUUAAUUUUGAAAGGAAACUAAAGGUUUUCUAAAACUCUGAAGGGGUGUACUCAUUUAUGCUGAGCACUGUAUAAUGUCCAGCAUGAACAGUGCCUUACCAGGAAGGUAAGCUACUCAUGCCAUGGACAUUAAUACACCCUUGGACCACAACAGAUGCUGGCUUUGAACUGGGUUUUGAUGAAAAGCUAAGUGGUUCCUCUUCUCCUCAGGCUUAAGGAGUCAUGUUUAGUCCAUGAUUUACAAAAAAAAAAAAAGGUUUUGAGUCCAUGCAAGGAUUUCCACUCCAGAGUCAGGUCUGUUAAUGCGAAGUUAUCUGAGAGCCCAAAGAUCAGAGCCAUCCUGUUCUUUGGUCUUGUCACUCUCAGAGUCUUUGGAUCUUUCAUUGAUAUUAUGGGCUGUAAAUUUAAAAAAAAUCCCCAAUUUCUUGGCAGGUUGUUUUGUCUGUUAAAAUCAUAGCUAAAUUCUCCCAGGUUUUCUCAUUAUUGCACUGCAGAUUUUGCACAAAUAUGAAGCGGGGAGAAGUAGUAUUCAAAAAAAGAAGUAUGUCUGCUGCCAUCUCACUGAGGUUGAGGGUUGAUUUAUGUGUGACUCAUAAUUUGGUCCCAUGGUAUUUGGCUCAUUUAAGUCUAUUUGCACGCAUUCUGUCACAUGAAUCUGGAUUUUAAUCUUUUGUUUGCUCAUUAGUGUAGCUCACACUGCUCAGACUUUACAUAUUUGAACACCCCUCAAUCCCUCACCCAAUUUCCUUGUUCCUAAAAACUAGCAGUGAGAGGUAAGGGGGUCUUCUUCCAUGUCUCCUCUUCAUUAGUCUAUUAGUAUUCAGGAUGUGUUGCCUGCCUGCUUGCUGGCCGCCACUCAUUCCCCAGACAGCGAAUCAGUCGGCGUUGAUUAAUUUCAGCCUAUUAGCACCCCUCGUUCCCCUCCCCUGGCUCCGCCCAGGUUAAAUCCCCGUGCAUACUCUCGUGCACGCUCGCAGGAGGGGGGUGCUGCUGGGUGAGCGAUGGCAGAGAGGUUGCCAGGGAGCCAGUUGUUGUCAGAAUGAUAUUAAUGAGUGUGCUGCUCCGACCCACAGAGUGUAUGAAGUUACGUGUGUGUGUGCCAGUGUGUUUGUGUUUACGUGUGUCCAAACAUACAUCUGAAAUUGUUGUGUUUGUGUGCAAACUAGAUUACAUACGUGUGUCUAGUUUUGAUUAAAAUAAGAGUUUUGUGAUGGUAAGGUGUGUUUGUGUGUUACACUGCCAACAUGUGUCCGUCCAUACAUAUAUGUGCUUGUAAAGGCUGUUUUUGUGUGUCUUUCUGUAGUUGUGUGUGAUAUCCAGCAAUGCCAUGGCCUGAGGGACAAGGGCUUGUGUGUGUGUGUGUGUGUGUGUGUGUGUGUGUGUGUGUGUGUGUGUGUGUGUGUAUGUGUGUGAUAGAGAGAGAGAGACAUGGAGUGUGUGUGUGCACUCUGCGGAGGCCUGUCCUAGUUUCCUUCCCCUCACCAGGGAGCCGGAGGAUCCAAGGACUGACGCACAUCACCUGACAGCCGCCCCACUGCUCCACGGCCCUGCACUGUGUGUGUGUGUGUGUCUGUGUGUGUGUGUGUGUGUAUGAGAGAGUGUUUGUGUGUGCCUGUGUGUGUAUGUGACUGAGAUGGAGUGUCUGAAUCUGUGCAAGUGUCAGAGGAUGUGUGUGUGUGUGUGUGUGUGUAAUAGAUAGAGAGAGAUGUGAGAAUGUGUUUGGAAAUCCAUCAGUUGUAUCAUCGUUCUGUGUGUGUAAGAGAGAGAGAGUAUAAAAAUCUUGAUGUGUGUGUGUAUGCGUGUGUAUGUGAGAGAGCGUGUUCAGAGUGUGUGUUGGAGCAGAUGAUAUGAGAGUUGAGAAAGUGAAUUUUGUUGUACUGAUCCCUUGAGGUGUGUGUGUGUCUAUGUGUAUGUGUGUGUGUGUGUGUGUCUGUGUACCUUGGGGCGGAGUGGAGAAAAUGGUGUCACAUGAAGCUUGGAGACAACAGAGCCAACUGUGCUCUAUUUAACCUGAGUGUGGACCGAGGCUGUGUGGACUGAAAACAUAUUACCUGAGCUAUAGAGUGUAAACACAGUGAGUUAUGCCACUAGACCUGAGCCUAGUAUACAAAGUGGAGUAUAUUAAGUCUCUUUGAACUGUACACCGUACUGUUGUUUGUUACCUGAGGACUUGUGCUGUAUUGGACGGUUCACAUAAAGAAACUCUGCUUCGGAGAACUUAUAAUUUCAAAGUAGUUUACCAGGACAGCUUGUAAAAACACACAAGACAGCAAGUGUGAGAGAGGGAAUCAAAGUCAGACCAUCUGCACUUCAUUGCUGUUAAAGGGAUGUUCCUGCUUAAAUUAAAGCUAUGGUCAAAAACACUAAGUUAGACACCCCCUCAAGAGAUGAAUGUUGCUGACCGCUUGCUUUUGUAGUUAAACCAACUUUAGUAACAACCACAAGAUAGCAAUACACAGUGGUCUAUGUCUCCACACGCAAACCUCAAACACAAAGCCACUCUAUAGCCACAAAUAAUGCUCAGAACAGCACCUAACUUUUUUAACAGUACAUAUAGGGUCCCCGCCAUAGUACUAGCCAUCAAAUAUCUUUGUAGCUUUGCCUGAUUUCUUUAGCAAAGAGACCAAACACAACUCACCCACUCUCCUCCAGCAGCCACUUGUUUGUGGGGGAGCCCUGACAAGUUGAUCACUAAGUGCAGCGGAUCAUUUCCUUGAAGUAAUAAUCAUCAUAAUAAUCGUUUUGCACUGCAGACGCAGUAGUUCUUCUGCCUUAGUGUCUCGGUCUGAUUGUGUUUUCAUCAACGUGAUUUUACAGUUUUAGUUUUUGCAGGUUUACUUGAGUUCAAUAAAGUAAACUAAGUUCCUUUAUGCUGUGCUGUUACCUUCAGUCAGAGUUAGCAGCUAAAAGUCCUGUUAGGGUCCACAUGGAUCAGGGAUUGACCAUCGGAUCGUUCUAUGUUACCAAUAAAUCCAAAAUUAGGAAGUAUUUCUCAUUUACACGAACUGAUACACAGUAGGUAGUCCACAUAUGGUGUUUCAUUUUGAAAUUUACCAGAUAACAUGCGCGGUUUCUGUGCUUGACAUCCAGUCUAGAACAAUCUUGUCUGUGUAGAUUGCACGGAUGCUGUGGAACAUAAACUUCAGAAAAAGUUUGAGUAAAUUAACCUCUUUGUGAAGUUAUUUAGCAGCCAAUGUAAAGGCCAAGAAGUCCUUGCUUCAUGAAUAAAAAUUAUACGUAAAUGAAGGUUUUAUAAGCUUUUGUCAUGAUUUAUCAUAACUAUGUAUUCUGUUAGUAAUUGAUUGUCACUCAGUGGAGCUGUUAGGUGGAUUUAGUUGCUUUUGCUGAUCACAGCUUGGUGGAUAUAAUCAGGGUGGGGUGAACCAUCAUCAAGAAGAAGUCCAACAUGAUGUUACUUUAUGUGCUUCUUCAAACUCCAGUCUAUACAGAAAACUGUAGAGAUUUUCAAAACAUCCUUCAGUUUCAAAGUCAAACUCGUUUAGAGGCUGAACUUCCAUCUCCUCUUGAAUUAGCCAUCUGUCCCUCCAUAACUUUGAUAGCGUCUAUUUUUAGAAGGUGAAGGGUCACAUUUGAUGAUUCGUAAAAUAUCCAUAAUCACAUAUUUUAAAUCUCCCGUGACAACUUCAGUCCAUACCUUAUGAGAGGCUGAUAGCAUAUUCAUUGUCGCACAGGUCUAUAGGCGCACACACUCAAACGCCCGUGUGCUUUAUUAAAAAAACUGUCAUGAAUAUCUUAUAGGCUGCUAAUGCUGUGUGAUAUAUCAGGAUCUGAAGACAUUAAAGUUUAAAAAGCACAUUAGACUGGCGAAGAAAGGAGGAUUAGGAGGAGAGGGACAGAAAGGGGGGAGAGAGACAAAGAACAAAAGAGAGCGACUUAAAACACAUGAGUUGUAGUUAAUAUUUGUACUUUUUGUAGUUUAUUUUUGUAAAUGGGUCAGAUUCCCUGCUUUGGCUGACAGGUCAGACAUGUCACAGGAGAAGAAAGAACAGAUGCAAACAAAGGGAUGAAUUUCGAAGGAGUGUGAGCUUGAAAAAGACUUAAAGACAAGUGGGAAGUAGAAGAAAACCCUGCAGUGGAUGAGCUGCAGAUCAAAACCUGUGUGUUUUUAAUAAUUCAGCGUCUCUAAUCUUUGAAGGCUUUUAGUUUGACCCUUCUAUUUCUCAUCUAAUAUUGCUGAUCUGCCAUUUCAGAGUGCGAGCAUUUUAAGUUAGUCCCUUUCUCUCUGUCCUUUAGUUAAUAUUGCUGACCUAUGAGUUUGGCCUCGUCCCUGCAGAGGGCUACCUCCCACCUGAACGGCCUCUGUGUGUGUGUGUGUGUGUGUGUGUGUGUGUGUGUGUUUCCACCUGGUGCUGCGUCAGCUCUGGUGUUUCACAUAUGAGAGGUCUUGACCCCUCUGCUUGGAGUACACUUGUCUUCAUCUGACUGAUUACAUAUUAACAACUCAGGCACACACACACACACACACACACACACACACACACACACACACACACACACACACACACACACACACACACACACACACACACACACACACCCUUAGCCUCCAGUUGGUGAUCCUUUGACCUCUGGUUUGGAGUGACUUGUGCUCUGGACCUCACCCAGAUGAAAACAUCAAAGCUGAACCCCGUCCACAUCUUAUAAUUCCCACCCUCUCUUUAGCCCUAAACAGUUCACACUCUCUUCAAACACACAAAGUUAUUGCUGUGAUUAGGGGGGUCCCGAUACAAUUUUUUACCUCCGAUAUGAUAACGAUAUUGUAGUCUUCAAUAUUGGCCAAUACUGAUAUUGAUCUGAUAUUGGCACAGAAUUGUGCAUGACAAGUUUUGCACUCAGCUGCAAUGUCUUCUUCGGUCUUAAAUGAAAACUACCGCCACACAGGCGACAUCACUCCAACUCGCUGUCACUUUGUUAGUACCUACACACUGUUGUUGUGAUUAUAUGGGCUCUGCAUGCUUGAUCUGGGUGCUGCUAAAUUAAGGUGCCAGAGCAGAGUCUGGAAUGGACUUCUUUUAUCAGAGUUCUAUUAUCAGUGAUUUUAGAUGCAGGCCGAUAUAUUUUUUUUUUUGCUGACAUCAGACCGAUAUCCAAUAUCAGUAUCGUAUCGGGACACCCCUAGUUGUGAUUGUGCAAAGAUGGAUGACAUUUGUCUUUUAUUGCUCUGUUUCAGGUAAGCGGCUCCAGGAGUGGGUGUGUGUCAUUCUGUGCCUCUUCCUUUUCAUCGUCAACCUCUCCUUCCUGCUCCUGCACUUCUCCACUGUUCACAUCUUCAAGAUCAUCCUCGGCAUAGGUGAGCAGAUCACAGAUACCAAAUCAAUGGUAAAGCCUUGUGUCUUUAAAGCAUCUUUUAACAAUUGUUUGAAAAGACUCUUCUGUACAUAAGUAACUUUUUAAUAAAUGGUGCAUACCUAAAUCAUUGUUCCCUCCCACAUGAGGCUUGCUAUAUAGUGGUUUAGUGUUUGCUUGCAAAUGUAAUUACAACAUAUGUUUUUCCUUUGUGCUGGUCUGUUUGUGUUUGUCUGUGUUUGUGUGCCAGUCCUCGGAAUAGUGACAGCAGACUUUGCAUCGGGGAUGGUACACUGGGGGGCAGACACCUGGGGAUCUGUGGACAUCCCUGUUAUUGGCAAGGUGAGCAUGCAUACAUACAUACUUUUAUACCGUAUAUGAAUAAAAGACCACAGCCAGGGUACAUUAAACAGAAUGCAGUCAUUUGGCAUUUAUUAGUCUCCACACAAAUAAAGCAACACGUUCCUCAUGUUCUCCUGAAGUCACUUUCCACUGAUAGCUGAACUGGCACAUUGAUAACAGCCCCAAAAUGAUGUACACAAUUACUGUCAUGUUGAUGCCACACUCUGGAGGAUUUUUUUCUCUAUUAAAGUGUUUAGAGUUGAUUCAUUUUAUUUAUUAUUUUUGAAGAAAGAGAUGUAUUGAUGUAGUUUGAACUUAUUGGAAAUGAACUGCAACUAUUUCAGUAAAUAUAUCCUCCGUUUGCAAAAUGUCAAAGUACUUCAGUACAGCUGACAUGUAAAAGCUUGUUGUUACGUUUAAGGUGUCAGUGCAAGCACAUCAUUUAUGUAUCACUACUGAGAGGAAAUUUUAUGUCUAUCAUUUUGUUUUGAUUGACACAGAUAUUAUCCCUUGCUGCAUCCCUUUUUCAAGUAAAACUUCAGAUCGCAGGAGCAGUUGUUACAGCGUGCUGUAUCAGUUGCAGAAGUUUGAAUGAAUUGCUUAAAAAAAUGUGAAUAAUUAACUAUAAAACCCAGCCAUGAAAUUCAAUCAUGAAGCAUCAGUUUGAAAAUGUGACAGAUAAUAUGUUAAGGUAAGGUAUGAAUAAAAGUCUUGGUAGAGUAGCAGUGCGUUAUCCCUGAUGUCCGAGCUUUGUUAAUUUCAUGAAGAAAUUCUCCCUUCUAUUUGACUGCAAGGUUAAGUUCCCAGAUUGCACAAGGAUAAGUUUAUUGUCCAGUUUGUCUCACUUUUUAUACACAAAGUUAGUGAGACUGCAGAAUAUAUAGAGGGGGUUGGUUCUUGAGAUUUGUUGUUAUUAAGUUAAAGCUUGUCUUUGUGUAAUGUGAAAUGAUACAUUUCAACCAAUACUGUUACCCACAGAAGAUACUGUACCUUACUAGCCCAGUGUCCCCAGUCCCCAGAGGCCUUGUUACCAUGGCAGCAUGGUGGAAGCACCUUAUUCCCCUGAGUCUCAGGACUGCCAUAGUGACCUGGAAACUAAAUGUCACAGACUCCACUGUACACAGUAAUGUCCACAGUCCCUAAUACACAGGAUACACACUUCCACACACAUGCUUAAAACCUCCUGCUGUGAUUGGCCUCACCUUGAACCCCCACAAACAGUCUCAUGCAUCUUUACAUAUGCAAAUAUUGUAUAUACAUGUGUGAAGAUUGAUGUGCAUGGAUUUAAUUCUGACAUUAAAACAAGUAACAGUUAUUGCUCACCCACACGUUUUUGUCCCAUUUCCCACAGCCAAUUAGAGUAAAGGUUAUCCUAAUUUCAGCCAAUUAAAUUCCCUGCAGCUCACUGAUUGGCUUAUAGAGACAUAAACUUGAUUGAUGAGAAAAAGGUUCACUGUUUGUGUGGGGAGAGUGACUGUGUUUAUUUCAGUGUAUAAAUCUAUUACUUAUUAAGUAUUAAUCGAUAAUUUAAUCAUUGGAAUGACAAAAUAAUUUGUUUUAUAUUUUAAACAUCACUGUCAUGAUAGCUGUAAUUCUUUAAAGGAUUAAACCACAAUACUUUUAAAUCAUAUUUCUAGACCACUUUUGUUUGCUCUUCUGUAAUUUUAAAGAAACCAGAUUUAUCAAAGAAAAGAGCAUUAUUUCACAGUACAGAGUGUUUAUUAUUGCUUUUUUAUUACUUUUAUUAUUGUUAUUUUUGAAAGCCUGGAUCAGGCAAAUCUUAAUGUGAGUUUUUUUUGUGUGUGCUGGUAGGGCCUGUAGUCUGGAUUUACCCUUCAAAUAUUUAGGUAAAAACAAACAAAACAAAACAAAUUAAAAAAAACAAUAUAAAGCUGUGCUUGAUCUAAUGUUAUCCCAGUAACCUUUGACUAAAUUACUGUAUCAUUUCUGCUGGGAUGGCAUAAUAUUCACUCAGCCAAAAGAGCAUGAACAAAAUGCUUUUAAAACUUGACUGAACUGAUACAAGAUCAACAAAGCAUUUUCCAGCAAACAUUUAAUUCUAUACUGUUCUUUUUACCCUUAAAAACAUGUGUUAAUUGUCAACUUACAAGUUAUAUGAGGGAGAGUGGAUAGUGUCUAGAGUUAUUUGCCUUUGAUUUAAUUUAUCCAUUCAGCACUCUUAGCACCUUUCCCUAUUGGCGGGCACAGGGGUGUAGACUUGUGGACAUGGUAAGAUUAAUCACGGGAAGCCCACUAAAAAACUCCAAGAAGAAGGGCAGGAAACUUUAUUGUCUCAAGGCACAGCCAUUGCACCAAUGUGAAGCCCACUUUUGAAGUUUAAAGAAACCCAUUUGCACACUGCUAGAAUGAAAGACUUUAUUAGAUUAUAACAUAUAUAUAAAUAUUUUUAAAUUUAACAUGUAACUCGAUUUAUUACCUCCGCCAAUGAGGUUAUGUUUUCGGUAGUGUUGGUUUGUUUGUUGGUUUGUUUGUCUGUGAACAACUUUACGGAGAAAGUUACUGAUGGAUUGACCUGAAAUUUUCACCAGAGGUGUGUCUCAGCCCCAGGAGGAUCCCAUCACAUUUUGGUGGUGAUCCGGAUCACCUUCUGGAUCCAGGAAUUUUUUGAAGGAUUCUUUAUCAUUGUGAGAUUGGGCAAAUUUUGGAAUUUUUGCAUUUAACUCUAUAAAAAUGGUCAGAGUCUUUAGUAAAAAAUUACACAAAAGGAUCUCAAUGAGUUUUAUGAGGUGUCAAAGGUUGAUCCUGAUCCAGACAAAAUUCCAGAUACUGUGAUCCAGAACACACAAAAAUAAGGGUGUCAUUGGAAUUUUCAAUGCUGAAAGAUGACAAAUGGGCGGCACAGUGGUGUAGUGGUUAGCACUGUCGCCUCACAGCAAGCGGGUCCUGGGUUCGAAUCCGGCUCUGGGCAGUUCUUGUUUUAGGAACAUUAUGAACAGUGAACAUACCAGUUAAAACACAAAUAAAAGUUAAUAAAAGACACGUAACAGUAAAAGUUUUGGUGUGAAUCACAAUAUAAGGGGGGACAUGAUCUGCUUGGCGGAGGUCUGCGCUCUCCGAGUGCUUUUCUAGUUUAUCUCUUGUUUUGAACCGACACCUUAUUUCUGAGAAAAACACGGUGGAUUCAACAGACCAAGGGUAACCAACGUAAGAUUGAUGCUGUGAGUAAUUUAGCAACCCAUAAACAGUUAAUGGACUUGAACUUUAAUGACACUUUUUUGGGGCUUUUUAACCACUCAGAGCACUUUUAUCCAGCUCACUACAUUUACCCAUUUACACUUAAUUCAGUCACUGAUGCCAUAAGAUGGCCAUCAAUAUAAACUAACAGUGUUUACACCGCUCUCCAUUUGGCAUUUAUUGUGUUGCCUGAGGACACUUAAGCAUGUGACUGUAUGUAAAGUGUUUAGUAAUGAGUUACAGUAUGAUGUUCUUAUGCAGUCCUGUGUUCAUGUACAUAGCCCCUAAAAUGAGCUAAGACUUUUCCCCAUGAAAAGCAUUCAUUGUAGGUCCAUCAAAAUCACAGGUUUGGAGAAGUCAUUUGGAGAAGUAUCACUUCGUACAUCAUUGUCUGCUACAUGAAUGUGUGUUUAUUUUGAUAAACUGAAGUAGUAAGUGUUGUUUUUAUGUGGUUUUGUGAUAAUGCAGGUUUUUCCUGUCAGGCUUUUAUUUAGACACAACACUGUUUGUGUGAACUUAUUGUUCUCAUUCUAAGAAAAAUAUUUAGUUGUGACAUUGUGUCCUUCAGAUAAUAACACAUUUUGUGAACAUGCAUUGCACGAUCAGCGGACUCUAAACGAUGUGUUGUGAAGUCCUCUGUCACUCUCUUGCUGAAGGUACUUUGUGGUGUGAUGUUUAUUUAUGAUGCCACAUUUAUGGGGUUCACAGUAGUUAAAGGCACCAAAGGCACGGCGGCAGCCACAGAUUUGCAUGGUGUGUCGGACUCUGUAGGAGACCUCUAAUAAAGACUUCAACUGGAAGAGAAGAAUGGACCUUAGUGGAGAACAGAGGGAUGACAAUAAGCGGCUGGAAUAUUUGUGUGACAGUGUGUGUGUGUGGAGACAAAAAACCCAUGGUACACACCUCAGUAGGGUUUUAAGGCUGUGUGAGUUUGGAGGCUGAGAAUAAAGCCGGCCUGUGCUCCCAGUUAGAGUUAGUUUGAAUAUCAAAGACCAGACCGAUGGAGAACACCUAAGGCUAAUAGCAGUUGCUGUUAUAGAGAAAACUUUUGAAGGCAGUGUAGUUCUUUAUUUGUUUGUUCUGGUAUUUUCUUGUUUUAUGUAUCUUUUUAUAAUGUUUCCUGUUGGUUGCAUGCUCUCAUGCUAUUAUUGCCAGGAUUUUUCUGAAGCACUAAAGCUGCUGUAUCGAAGACAUCAUUAAAAAGCAUUAGUGUAGACAUAAACGUGAUGUCUGCACAUACUGACUCCUGCUCUCUCUAUAACUUCUCAAAAGAGCACACCGUAUAGUCAUGGGAGCCUGUUGUCAUAGCGUCAUAAAUAAUAUUUCCAGUGGUGUGGGCAGCAGAGCAGUGGCAGCAGCAAGCCAGCUAAUCACAUUUUCUAUCUGUCAAAUUCAUGGCUCAGCACAGUCGGUAUGAUCUGCAGGAUCAGAGGGAAGUAUGCUGCAGAGGCUGUGGAGGCUCUUUCUGUAAGCAGUAUUAAUUGAUCUAUAAGAGAAAAGCUGAAAGUAUAAGUCAUAAAAAAGUGACUUGAAUCAUUUCUUAAACAGAAAUGCUGCUCAUAGAGAGAGGUGGUGUGGUGUUACUUUUGCAUCAUUCAUGUCAUGAUGCAAAUACACAUUACAUAACCCCAUUUGACCAGCUAGCCCAAAAAUAAACUGGCAUGUGCUGCAGUGUUUACCUCAACACCCCUGCGUUAUCUCUAGAGGUCUUAACUUCAAUGGGUCAUGUUACCCUGCUUAUGAAAGUGCUUAUGAAACACACAUACAAAAUUUAACUCAACAAAAAAGAUCCUCUACAUGUGCUAUAUAUUUGCAUGAAAUUGGGAAGUAAACAUGCAUUGAUUCAAACCACACUAUAGUUAUUAAAAAAACAGACAAAAAAAACAAAAAACACACCUACAGGUAACUUAAAGUGACCAAUUAACCUGACAAAUUUGUCCAUAAGCAAGCCACACAUGCACUGACAGAGCACAUGAGUUCAACAUCAAAAGAUCGCAGCCAGGAUUCAAACCAGUCAAACGGUCUUGUUAUAAGGCAGCAUUAUUAACUAGGCCUGCAGCUAACAAUGAUUUUAAUCAUCGAUUAAUUAGUCGAUUAUUUUUCUUUUCUUUUUUCGAUAAAUCAAUGAAUUGGAUACUUUUUUAUUUCCACCUCUUUAUUUCAAAAUAAAACAUUUAAACCAAUUAAGCAAAUGAGUGCACAAAAAACAGGUUACUGCUUGAAUGUUUUGUUACAAUAAUGUUAAAUAAUAAUAAUACAAAAAAAUUGAUAUAAAUUUGUAAAAUAGCUUUCAGUCAAGACAGCUGCUUGCCGUUGUGUGCAUAAUGACUUUCCCACCAUGAAACCUGCAUUGUUGGCUGUUCUUUUCUGGAAUGAGAAUGACAGUAUAGUAUGAGUAUGUAUUACAGCACAAUUCAUUGUUUUCUUUGCAGUAUUAGGUUGAGGCAAGCAAGUAGUCCAAUGAAAAAUUAAACACAACACACACACACGUAUAUAUUGUAUAUGUGUGUAUACGCUCACACACGCGAGUACUCUAUUACUGUCAUUAACCAGCUAACAAGCAAACAACAGCAUUAGGCGAGAGACUGCAGCUACGUUUCCUCACUUGGAAACAAAACAAAUGUAGGAUGUUGCAGUGACUUACCCUGCUGUUGAGCUCCGUUCGUCCUCAUCGAUGACUUCAACAUGUUUGCGUUUCAGGAUGUUGCAUGUUAUCAUCACCGUGGUGCUACUGUGCUGUUUGAAUCACUUUUGCAAAGCUUGUAUGUUACCCUUUUUAAAAAUAUAUAUAUAUUUUUUUUAUUUUGUAAAGCGUUAAGUGCUUCCACACUUUUGAGGACUUGGGUUGAACUGUUUUCACUGUGUCCGCCAGAUUUGUACAUAAUUUCUUGAAAUACUCCCUCUGCCUCGCUCCGGUCAACUCACACUGCAGGUUGGAAUUUAUCUUUUCUUAACUUUAUUUAAGUCAGCCAGCCUUGACAAAGCUCUGCAGUUGAAUUUGAUGGCUGGCUCUGUGAACGAAAUUCAACGAAAUUCAUUGCUGACGCUUUUAAUAAUCGAUGAAAUUAUUUUUACCAAUUCGUUAUUCCAGCUUUAUUAUUGACCACUGUACCCCUGUGCAUCUCCUUUAUGUACAUGUUAAAAGUUUUACUACCUACACAUUGGAGUUUGCGGCUCCAGCUUAAGGUAUAAAGUUCAAUUCUACUUCCUUUACACUCUUAAUGCUCUUUGUUUGACAUUAUAUAAUACAGAUUUUCUUUGAUUUCAUACAUAUAUUAUUUUUCACUAUCUUAAAGUGCUCUACAUUCUCCCAGAAGUCUUAAGAACUAUUCCUUUGUGAGGCUUUGGGCUGUGCUGCUUUUUGUCGUCAUCAUGUCGUUGAGCUUUAAUUGACUCAACAAGGAUUUAGCAGUCCCCUAAUGACACCACUUUGAGGACAAAGUCACGCUCAUUAGUUCCCAAUGAUGCUCGAUUCACAAAGAAAUUUGCCAGAUGUGCUUUUAGUUGAGGGAUAUUUUUGAACAUCCUUCCUCUCUGAUAGUUUCUCUCCUGCAUUUGCAUCGCUACCCUCUCCUUUUGCCAGCUUUUUUGCCCCUGUUGUUUAAUUAGGUUUCCUCCACCCUUGACAAACCUGACUCUAAAUGUGCCUCUCUUGUUAGGCUGAUCAGAGGGCACAGUAGAGAUGAGCGAAUAACUAAGGUCAGCUCCUGCUCCAGGGCCAGAAGGGAAAAGGGGUGUAAUAGAAAGUGAAAAAAUGUGUUGUUAAAAAUCUUCGACCAAAAAGGAAGCCAAAAAAAGACAGCAGACAGAGAGAUGAAAAUACAGUAUAACGGUCAGGGGACAAAAAAAGGAAGGGGGUGGAGGGGGCGUGUCUGUCCAGCCAGUGGGACAGCGCUGGUUGCUGGGGUGAUGGGCGAUGUGAGCUGGUGAUUAAUGGACUUCGUGCGAGGUGGGCCGUUAAACGGUGUGGGAUUAGAGGACACACAGCGACCAGUGGCCCACCGUUAACUGGGAGCGCUGAUGCCGCCCUGCUCGGCACGACCUCUGCAGCUUAGCCAGGCUUUCAUCUGGCUGAGGGCUGCGGCGAAGAGAGGGGGGUGUUGGGAGCGUGGAGGUUGGAGAGAAGGCAGACAAGAACGGAGAUGGGUACAUAAUUGUGCAGAUAUCGACAGAUAGUUUCUCUGUUUGCUGUGGCACCUACCAACAAUGUUCAGUGGCAGACGUGCACGUUUGGUUCGACCAGCUAUCGCUGCAAUAAUGAGUUUUCAUGCUGAUGCCUCCAAAGAUACACAUGCACACACACAUGCAUAGAUGCACACCAUGGAAAUAGAGAUGCAAACCUCCGUUUUUGCCUUUUCCACUGAGGGAAAUAAAUUACCUUUAUCCUGUGUGUGCAUGUGUGUGCAUGCUUCUUUUUGUCCUCUUUUGUGCUUCUGAGAUUCAGAUUCAGUCUUUCAUUUGAGACCCCCAUGCUCUCACAGACAGGUGCCUGCCUCUGCACAGUGCAGGUGGGGUUUGUGGGCUUGUGGGUGUGUGUGUGUAUCUGUGGGUGUGUGUGUGUUUGAAGCUCACAUUUUUUAGUUUUUGUGGGGUGUCCAUGGGUCAUUUAUGCUUAUGAGUGUGUUUGCGCGAGCCAACUGCUGUUCUGUGGUUUAUUAGAAUGCUGGAUAUGAGCUUUGGGGUUGCGCAUGAUGCUCAGCACCGCUGAGUCUUGAUGUGUGUGUGUGUAUGUGUGUGUUUGUGUGUGUGUGUUAGUGAGCAUUUGAUCUGCAUUUGUGUAAAAACUGUAAACAAUACUUUCCACUGUCUGUUUUGCUUUCUGAUUUAGAGUCAAUGUAACUCCAUGAGAGUAUUAUAGCCGUCUUUUUGUAGCUAUGGUUAUAAACCAUGUCAGUUCUGUGAAAACUUGAUAUAUUUGUGUUUGACUGAGAAAGCAAAAAGCCAGAAACUGCAGAGACAGUGUGGGUUCCUCUUAAUUUAAUAUAUUAAAUUAAGUCAAGUACAGCAGCGGCUGUUUUAACGGCCAAAGCUGCACCUGAAGCAUUAUGGAGCUCAGUUAACUGGCUUGACCCAUAAACCUGAAUCUCAUUUUGCCAAAUAACAACAACUUUUCUGCUUUCCUGCUUUUCUGCCAUUUGGAGACAAAGGAAAGCAGAGGAAGCAGAGGAGAAGGAGGAAAGAGGGAGAGGUCAUAGUUGAAGUGAUCAACUAACUACUACUAGCUGCACAGUCAGUCAUCAGUGAUAAUCAAACCAGGCUAUUGUGACAAUGUUACGCCGUUCAAUUCAUUUUGAAGUCACAAAAAUAUAAAUGAUGUAAAAAAUAAAUCAAGUAAAGGUUCUGUUAUCUCGUAACUUCAACUUUAAUCUCGAAAUGGAAGUAAAAAAAAAAAAUCUUCCUCCGUUAAUAAUUUUUUUCUCUUCUUGUGGCCCUAAUUCUCUUUCGUACUUACCAGAUUGAUUCUUAUUUUAACAUUUGUGUGGAAGAUUUUGUGUUAAAAUUCUUUCUGACUGUAAAUUAUGAGAUAAGGAGAAGAACUUUAUUGAUGUCUAAAGGGAAAUUCAGUAUAUUAAUUAUGUUAGUUUGUGUGAUUAAAUAGCUUAUUCCUUGUAGAACAGGAAUAAAAAAGGAUUAUUGAUAUUGAUUAUAUGAUAAUAUUGCGGACAACAAAUAAAAAAAAAGAAAAAAGAAAAUGCUCAACAAAAUUCCAAGGGCUGGAAUUGAUGUCUUUAGUUUUCAAGCAGUACAUUUUUACAUUUAAGAAACCCAGUCUUUUGUGCCUGUUAACUGUACUUAAAGGAUCAGGAGUUAUCAUUAAAUUGUGUGUCAUAAAUUAUUAUUUCCAUUUUCUCUCUCUCUCUCUCUCUCUCUCUCUUUUUCAUUCUCUUCAGGCAUUUAUUCGUCCUUUCAGGGAGCACCACAUCGAUCCAACUGCCAUCACUCGCCACGAUUUCAUUGAAACCAACGGCGACAACUGUAUGAUCCCCAUCCUCCCGCUGGCCUACAUGGCCUACAAGUUCCUCACGUACACACCAGGUAGCAUUUACACACGUUUAAUGUCAUUUCCUCCACUGGUGAGCCCAGAAAGCUCUCACACAUACAACUGAGCACAUGUACGUAAUAGAAAAAAAAAAAAAACUGUGAAUACACAAAUAACACUUUUGAUGUGCACAAACACCCUGAAGAAGGGGUGGCAGGUGUGUCAUUUGUUCCUGUGACUCCGUAAAUGAGGGUAUCAAGGAUAUGACGUUUGUAUUUUGUGUGAAUAAUGUCUCAUGCACAUUGUUAUCACCUGUGAGUGAGAAGCUUUGGGUUGUAGCACCUGCAGAGUUUGGAGCAGUCUCUGAAGAUCCUUCUCCCUCUGCACAAACACUCCAACCAAGCAGUGAGAAAUGGCACUGCAGCCACACCAGUGUGAUCUGUCUCUGGUUUUCUACAGUCAUGCUUACAUUAACUUUGCAAGCAGCAGGUGUUUUAGGAAUCUUACAACUUCAGGUAAACUUCACAGAGUCUGACUUAGGGCGCCAUAAGCUAUCGUAGGUAGCAGGGACUCUGGUCGAAGUGUUGUCCACUGAUGGUGGAAAGUCAUGAGGUAGUGUUGCUGGUGAUUAUGUGCGCUGACCUUACAAGAACAGGGCAGGGAGGGAGGGACAGGAGGAGGGAGAUCAGCAGGAGAAACAGAGCAACCUGUUAUUAAGGCGGUGACAUCUCCACCUGUCAUGUCUGCACUCCAGCUUUAGCUGAAAGGUCACUGAUGGGUAAAAAAGGAGGGGGCAGGGGUGAUUACACCAGUUAGCCGGGUUAAAGGCUACGCUAGAGGUGCUUUCAGCUCCGGUCAAGUUUUUUUGAAAUGCUUUUUUUAUCUGAAUUAUUUUUUUUUUAUCAUUGUUAUUUAGCAUCUCUUCUGAAUUUUAACAUUUGAUCACAGAACACUGUCCACCGAUGUCUCUGGUGUCGCUCACACAUGGGCUGCACGGUAAUGCCUUUAUGUCUUUAUGAAAUAAUAAGCCAAUGGCUCAAGAGAGUGAGAGAACAUUGAUGACACCUGAAAUAUUUGAUAUCUUACAAAAGUACAUUUUAAAGUUUAGCUAAUCAAUCUUUAUUAACAGAGCACCAAUUCACUUGUGAACCCAAGAUUCUUUACAAAAAGAGCGGGUCUAGACCAUCCUUUUUGUUUUCAUUAUUUAGAAGAUCGAACACCAGGAUGGGAGAUGAUUCAGUUCCAUCUCACAGUACAGUUAUUUAUUUUGUGUACUUAUUUUUACUCAACCCAUCAUGAGCUGAGCAUUUUGCAGCACUGAGCAAGUGGCAAGGAAAAAUACCCUUUAAAUUGGAUUGGAGAGAGGUCAGAGAGAAAUACAGAAAGAAAUAAACGAAUAGAGACAGACAGCAAUAACCCAAACCGCUCAUUCAGACUGAUGGGUGCUACUACUAAGAAUGAAAAAUAUUUGCUGUUUACAAUCAACUGCAUACAAAUAAUGAUUAUGUCGUCUUAACAUUUUGGGAACUUAAGGUGAGUAGGUGUAAUUGGAAUGAGUAUCCUAAAAUUACUAUCAGCAUUGAAGCAGUGAUGACAAUGGUGAGACUGAUGUUGAUAGUAGUUUCAGCUGUAAUGUGGUUGAUGCUCAGCAGACCACCUGCACCAUCUUUCAUAUCAGUAUACAGUAGGGGUGGGAGAAAAAAAUGAUACAGCAUAGUUUCACAAUAUUUUGUCUGGUGAUAUAUCGUAUUGUCUGAUUUACCAAGUAUCGAUUUUGGUUGAAUUAAUUGUUAAUAUGAAGUCAAAUCUGUGAUAAAAUCCUUGCCACUUGUGAUAAAAUCAACUGUUUGUCCAGUGAGGUUGGCAGAGGUGACGUCACAGAGCAGGAGAAAGUUAGUACAACAAAGCACCUGGGGAGGGACAUUGAGAAUGCAAGCAGGGCACAAAUGAGAUGGACAUGACAUCUGAGGUUUGCAUCAAUAAGACAAACUUAAAGGAAAGACAAAUGCUGAAUUAGCUAAACAGUUAAAAAGAUAAGAUAGAUAUACUUUAUUGAGCCCAAACUGGGAAAUUCUCUAAAAAAUUUUAUAAAUUGCAAUCUAUUGUAUCACAAUACUCAUGGUAUUACAAAAUGUUAAAAAUUGCAAUAAUAUCAUAUCGUGGCCCAAGUAUCGUGAUAAUAUCGUAUUGUGGGGCCACUGCUGAGUCCCACCCCUAGUAUACAGAUCUGGACUUCAGGAUUUAAAGGUGAUGAUAUCACACUGACAAAUAGAGGAGAAGGAGGGAAAGAGAGGAGUUCAUUGUACCAAUCCAAGCCUGUAACAGCGUAGCUAAGUUUGGGCUAGCUGUGACUAUAACCUUCAUCAAAAAGGAAAAACAAGACCUGUGUAUUAAAGUGAAGAUGUUUAAAAGAUGAAUGUGUUCACAGUAGUUGCUUUUAAAACAGUGGAAGAUCAUUGUCUCACUAUUAACACCUUUUACUAUCAAUGGUUAUCUAGUUCAUGCAAGUUAAAUUACACUCACGUUAUCCUCAGCUGCAUACUGUUUUAGUGCUGUGUAGUACAUUUUAAGAAUAUCAACAAAAUGUAUUAGAAGACCUUUAUUCUGAUAUCGUUGAAGCACUUUAGUGCUGCCUCACAGUCACCAACAUCACUGUAAACUUUCUCAGAGUAGUACAGUUAUCUGUAUUAAAGGGAAAUCCAUGGACACUCAGGGACACCAAAGAUGAUUAAAAAAAGCAGAGACUGUGAAUGCUGGACAAAAUAAAAAAACUUUGAAAAGUUUUUUUUUUUUUACAUUAAGAAAUUGAGGAGCAAAGGGGAAACCAUCAAAGGUCAGCUGCUUGUCCGCAGCAGGGAGCAUUUAAUGGGGGGUGAGGGAGGGAAGAUUAGAGGGGAGAGAGCAGCAGUGAGGUUCACUCAGAGGUGACAUCCACACCUGUCAUAUCACACACCACAGGGAGUCAAGAGGUCACCAGACAGAGACAGGAAGAGAUGCAGUGACAUCUACACCUGUCAUGUCUGCACCAUAAGAGGUCACUACUUAGAGUUUGAGACAGAGGGUGAGAGUGCAAAGAGAAGGAACGGAGGGAGAGAGUACUGGGGGGGGUGGCGGUGGCAGAGAGUCAUGUAGCGGUAAGAUGACAUCUAAACCUGUCAUGUCAAGCUCCUCACGGCGUCAAGCGGUCACCAGACAAAGACAGAGACGGAGACGGAGGCAGAGAGGAGAGCUGAAAGCCGUGAGGUGACAUCUCCAGCUGUCAUGUCUGCACUUGAACAGGGGUCAUAAGAUCGCUGUUUUAACCAAACAGAAGAAGAAGAGAGGGUGGAAGUAGACAGAGAGAGGACAGCUGUAAGUCAUACCUGGACAGACCAGAACAUUUAACAACAGGUCUCCAUUAGCAGCCGUGUCUGAGAGAGUUUUCAUGCAUAAUACUCUUGGGAGGGUUGUUGGACUCAACUUUCUGUGUGUAUGAGCCCUGACAUGUUUGUUACCUGUCAGCUCAUACCAGCAGACACAACUAACAUUCACAGUUUCCCUGACAACAGUUCCUUUUUUAACUUUGAGGCCUAACUAUUUGGGAUGUUUAAGGCGACCAAUUCACCCACCGUAUCUGUAAUCUUCUGGGUCGUCAGCUCCCUCAAAGAUGUUUAUCCUCCCUUUUAAAAAGUGUGUGGCUUUGACGCAGCAGCAUUAAUGAUCUUGUCAUAUUACGUCACAAGUUUAGUUUUCACACUACCUAUGUAAACAAUCCCUCUGGACAUGGUGGUGGUCUGGGCAAACAAACUCUGAAUUCUCUGUCACAUUUUGUGCUCAGUGACUUAGACGAUGGGAGUAAAUCUUUAUUUGUAAUGGGACUCAGAUGACUCAAAUGAAUCAUAUUGGUUUUAAUUAACAGUGAGUAGAAAUAUUCAGGUAAGUUACAAGUUGACUUAAACUUCAUAUUUCAAUGCCUAUGUUCUGUUUUGGGCUUUUAUAGUUUUGUCAAGAGACAGUUGAUUAGGAAACAGGGAUCCAUGAGUUGAUUUUGUAUCUUCUUUGUUUUUUUUUUCUUGGUCUUUAUUUUCUGCUUUAUUUCAUACUCUCUUGCCUUGUAUGCCAACUCUUCCACUAUUCACUGUCAAAGGUCAUUUUAAGUCAUUUUAAAUUCUCUCUCCCUAGUUAGUGCUUUGCAUAACUUGUUGUAUUUCCUCUGGUUAUAUCUUACCUUGUGUCCACACCUAUUGAUGUUUCCUUCUGUGUAUCUCUUGUCUUUGGUAUCAGUUGAUUAAGUCUUACAUCUGUCUUUCUCCCUUAUCAUCUUGGGGUUCAUAAUGGCUGAACCGGUUGGAUUUGGACACCUUCUGAGGACUACAGCCUCUAUGAAUGGGGUGUGCCACUGGGUCAAAGUCUGUGUUUUCCAAUAGUUUCCCCUAGGGCUGCACGAUUAUGAUUUGAAAUCGAUGAAUUAUGCAGCCCUAGUUUCCACUCUCUUACUUUCUUUUGUUUAUUUUUCUUAUUCUAAUUAAUCUUCCUUUUGUUAAGCUGAAUUCCAGCUCUGAGUGAACUCAAACUGUGUGAAGGUUUUGGCCUCUCUCCUCCUGUUUUAAAACAAAUACCUUCCAUUAAAAAGAUGCACCUCUGAUGCUGUUUCAGUGUGACAUUCUCGCUGGGGCAGUAAACUCAUGUCUCUUUUCUCCAGCCUCUGACUCCACCUUCAUCUAAAUAUCACAUAAACACACAGCGCACAAUCAGUCCGGUCCCUUGGUGAAUUCGUAGUGAUGCUGUGUAGUUCUCUUGGGACGAUGACUCAAAAUUACCCUGAAGAUCACAAUAUGUUUUACUUGCUUAAUAAACAACAGAGAGAAUUUGUAAAGACUUUUUUCUUCUUGUGUGAUGGCACACAGGUGAGGAGAGUCUCACCCCUGACUGGCUGACUUAAAUUUUCUUCUUGAUGCCUGCAGAGUUGGGGUGUCAGCGCUGUGAAUAACAGUGUGAACAAUGUGAUAAAAGUCAACAGCAGCGGUCAGAUGUCUGCUCUCCACUUGGCCUCUCCUAUUUUGGUGAACAGUCUGUAAUCUUUAAAAAACAUUCUGACUACAUGGUGUCAUUUUGAUUUUAUGUCACAUUGCAGAUUAUUUUUACCCUCUCUCCUCAUCUUCCCACUUGUCUGUCUUUGUCUUCCCCUGCUGCCACUCUUCCCCAUCUCUGUGUCUUCUCCCCCCCCGUUCCUCUUCCUCCCCCUCGGUCUCUUCAUCUCUCCGAGGCUCCUGCCAGCAUCCUCUCAGUGGGAGUACUACGCCUUCAUGCUGGCCCUGUUCAUUACAUUAAACAGUUUGAUCAAUUAUUCUAUUAACUUGACUCUCCCCCAUCUCUCUCUCUCUCUCUCUCUCUCUCUCUCUCUCUCUCUGUCUGUCUUUCUUGUUCUGGAUGUAAAAGUCUGCCUGUCUCCUCUCACCUUUCAGAGGCCUUGGCAGCGUCCUAUCCCUGGGACUGCUAUGUCUUCGCCCUGGCGGUUUUCGUAACAUUGACCAAUCAGAUACAUAAGUGGAGCCACUCCUACUUUGGCCUGCCACGUUGGGUCAUGCUGCUUCAGGACUGGCACCUGGUGUUGCCACGGAAACAUCACAGAAUCCACCAUGUCUCACCACAUGAGACAUACUACUGUAUUACCACAGGUGAGAACUUAAACCAUGCACCACUAUUAUUAUGGUCAGUAUGCUUUUGUCUGACACCACUCAACCAGGAAGCCUCAAAUGAACUCAUUGUAAUAUACUAUAAGUGAUUUGUCCAAUCAAAUUCAACCAAAUGAACAAAUCAGUUUCCUUGAUAGGAGAGUACUGUUUUAUCAUAGCUGAUAAUUUCACUUGGUUUAUGCACAUUUGCCUUAAAAUUAAACUCAUGAUCCAAAGAGAUUUUCUCAGCUUUCAUUGCAUAAACUAUUACUUCAAAAUGUAUAAAACAAUGUGCUGCUGCAGCGUUAUGCCACAACAGGAAAUGAGUGCAUUCAUACAUGAUGAGAGCAACCUUGUUCUCACUUGGCCCUUAUUUCUAAACUAGAAGAGCGGAGUGUGAACUUACCCAAAAGGUUGAAAUCCAUCUCUGUCUAAAGUAAUCCAAAGCCAACACAAUAUGACUGACUUAGAUCUUAGUUUUAACGAUAAACCUGCACAACAUCAAGUGCUUUCAUGGAGUAAAAUGCUUCUCUUUCUGAUGUUUCUUUUCAACAACUUCCAAGACAUCAAAUUUCAGUUCAUCAGUGUAGCAGUGACCCAUUUUACUUAAUGAAACGCCAGAGUAUACUCAUCAUAUUAAGUUCAUUAUGGUAUUAGGACAGUACCCUAGCAAUCAAUCCUCUGUAAAAAUGUUCCAGCUCUUGGUAUAUAAGUACAAAGGCAGGUAUAAAGAGCUUGACAACAAUAGUUAGGAUGAUGUAAAGCUACAGUACACAACAUGGUUUAAAUUUAGUUUAAAGCCUCAGUGAGGACUUUUUUUUUUUGGCAUUGUCAGUACCUGGAGCUUCCACAACAGAGCAUGGGUUAGGAACUGUCUGCUAAUACAUCUGCCAAUACUGCUGUCAAUAAUGUCAUGUCAUACUUCAGCAUAAACAACGUUAUUGUAUAUAUCAUAACUAUUUGAUGCUCAUUUGCAUUUCUCUUAUUUGUAAUGUAAUAUUUGAGGAACCUCACACCAGGAUUUAUUUCUGGCUUAAUAAAGUUGGUUAGAAUGUUUUUUUACUGUCCGGCCUGUAUGUAGCUUGUGUUGGCUGUGUUUAAGUGCCUAAAACGCCAAGAUUUAUGUCUAAUGGUGCGUUCCAGUUGUACUCGAAAGGCAGGAUUUCCGAACUCAGAAAGUCGGCCGAUCCACACAACCCCUGAGUUGACCUUCUGCGCUUUUGUGUUUCCUCUUCAUCCAGUGUGUGUGUGUGUAGGUUGCAGAAGGACCACAUAUUUGUCCAGAAGUUGUUUAUAUUCGGACAAGGCAAGCGCAAGAAUAACUUUAGUAGAUGUAGCCAUCUUGUUUCCGCUUCUGUUUUUGGCCAUUGGCUACUUUUUUCCGACUUUGUAACUUAAACACUGGUAACUCGGGUGUGGUGUCAUUCCCAGCUCCGACUUCCGACUUCUGCGGUAAAUGGAACGCAUCGUAAGUCAAAUCCCUUCACAAGUUUUUUUUUCUGACGUCAUAGUUGCUGAUGCUGUAAUAGUGUUAACGCAUUAUUUACAGUUUUUUUUUUGUCUCACCCCCUGAUACCAGCAUAACUAAUUAGAACUGAGUAGAUGGUUUGGGAAGACAACUGAUAGGCAACCUUGACUCUCCAGGUCAAGUCCAGCCAAAGGGCGUGCACGUUUGUUGUGUCAUGUUUGUUCAGUGGGAGGAACUCAGCAGAGUUAUAAAUGGUAGCAGGAGAGACGCUGAAGGAUUUCUUUCCACUGGACUGCUUGUGUUGCUUUCGGCCCUUUUGAGUGGUAAAAGAGGGACAGGGUGAAGGUGAGGAAGGCAGAUGAAAAUAAUUUUGAAACAGUUUAAGGACAACCCUUCCUGAAGCAAACCUUCCUAAACUGUCCCGUCAUGAGACAAAGCUGAAGAAGGAGGAUGAGAGUUUGGAUAUUUUUCUUUGAGUAUCAUGUGGGCGGCCAUCUUAGAUUCCUAUAAUUGCAGCUGAUGACUCCAGAAUAUUUUCACAAACAAUUCUCAGUAGAUUGGGACAAAAUGGCGGUUGUGUCUGUCUUUCUGUCGGUUUCUUAUAAAUAACUAAAAGACAAUGUUCUGUUUGCGUGCGUGUGUCUUUGGAGACUCGAGGCCUCCGUAACAGAUACACAUUCAGUAUUCUGCAUGCAUCUGGGUGAGAGAGGGAGAGGAAAGAGAGAGAACACACAAGGGGGAUUGGGUUUGUACGUCACCCUGCGCCCCUGCAGACGACAGAUGUGUGUGUGUGUGUGUGUGUGUGUAAGUUGAGGGGGGUGGCACCGAGGAAGUGUGUGUGUAUACAUGUGCGCGCUAGCUUACAUCUGCAUACUGGAGCAUCUGUGUGUGUACUCGUCUUUUUGACCUCCCCUCGGUCUCUAACCUGUAUGUGUGUAUGUGUUUGUGGCGGGAGGUGGGUUGAUGGCGGUCGGGGCCCACAGGGGACGGUGACGGCCCCUCGCUCCCCCAGCCUGCCUGCCUGGGCCAGGCUUGGAUUCCACUGGGGCCCGCCUAGCUGCCUUUGUGUUCGCCACCGGCUGACAAUCCCCAUGUAUAUUUAAUGCUAACCUGCUGUCUGUUCUAACAAAUAGGACUUCACAGGCAGAGGGGGGUGGAGGACAGGGGAGGGAGGAAGGGGGGUGGGGGUGGGGGGGUGGGAAGUAAGCAGGGAUUUAAAGCAAAAAAAGGAGAAGGAGUGUAUGGUGAAAGAAGGACAAUAAGGAGAGAUGAAGGGGAAGAGAGUGAAAUCAAACAAAACCUCUGGCUGCUUCACUGUCUUUCAGUAGAAGGAGGGUCACUGGAGGGACACACACACACACACACACACACACACCACCCUGCAGCUAUAGCAUGCACCCAAUGCAAACCCAUCAUUGGUGGUUGUGUGAAAGCAUCAGACAAGAGUAGCCUAAGUACACAUUGCCCAUGUGGAUGUCUGUAUUUGCUUCUCGUCAAUAUGUGUGUGUGUGUGUGUGUGUGUGUGUGUGUGUGUGUGUGUGUGUGUGUGUGUGUGUGUGUGUGAGUGUGUUCGCUAGUUUGCUGGUGUCAUCCACUCUGCAGGUUUUCAAAGUAAAAGUCCAUUUCAGAGAGUGAUUCUCUCUACAUACAAAAGCACAGAUUGAGUGUUUGUGUGUCUUGGUAAUAGCAAAAAGGCUUUUCAUCUGGUGUGUCAGGGGACUGCUCGGCCGCAUCCCUUACAUGUGUGCAAUGUGCUCAACAUAGGCGGGUGUGUUUGUCAGAGCUGUGUGUGUACGCGCAGAGACCAUUGUACAGUUAUGCAUGUAUGCAUUUGUACAUGUAAAUGUACUUUGGCCUGCAGCCAUACAUACAUUAAUGUAUUUAUCUUAAACAUACAGCAGACGCUUUGCUAUAAGAGGUUUAUAGACUGAAAGUGUGUGCGCGCGUGUGUGUGUGUGUGUGUGUGUGUGUGUGUGUGUGUGUGUGUGUGUGUGUGUGUGUUUCUUUCAUAGUGUUAGUUGGGGCUAAGGAGAUCUCCUGGGAGGAUCCUCACAUCCCUCCACUCCUCUGAAAUCUAGUCUGCGUAUGAUGACGGGAGACGAGAGGUUGGAUGUGGAUUGUAGAAGAGAGGAUCAGGGUGCAGAUGGGAAUAAAGUAGGGAAAGAAAGAUGACAAAAGAGGGAGGAGAAAGUUAAGGACAGCGGAGUGAAAUCUGAGGUGAAGCCAAGAGAUGAAAACUAAAAGAGAUAUUCGGAAAAAGGAGUUCACUGUGUUUUGAGGGGAAAGGGGACAAGAGGGGCUGGAGAAAGGAUUGCUAUGAGCCUGUGUUUGCACUGUUGAUGAGCAAAUAAGGAUCAUGAUAAAAGAAGUCUAAUACCAUAUAGUAGCACAACACCAUGUGGGGUGCAAGGCGGACUGAGCUGUCUAAAACACUUAUACAGUAUGUCAGUGUCAAACUCACAUCCUUCUGUAGCUGCCGUCAGAGUUACUGAUGUUUUUGAUAGACAGCACAGUCAGCAGCCUGGCUGGCAGGAGAGGCCCUUGGGUGUGCAAUAAAAUUCAUCAUAGAACUAUGACCAGGUUGCACACCUUUACUUUCUCAGAUAGUUUAAAAGGUAACAGAUUUGUGCAAAAUAAUAAGAAUAAUAAAGACUGAUAAAGGAGCUGAGCACACGUGCAGAACUGACACGUCUGUGUUUGUGACAAUGACUUUACAAUUUAUUUAAAUUUAUUUAUUUGUUUAUUCACACUUCAGUUUGUGUCAAUUUUGGCGCCCCCCUGAGGACAAAACAAUCUUUACUUGUCAUUCAUAAGCUAAAGUAGGGUGUCCUGAUGAAGAAAACCUUACGUUGUUAUUCAUUGUGAAUAUUUUAGGGAAAUAGUAAAAUAAAAAAAAUUAAAAAAGCUGUUUCUUUAGCUGCCCAGCUGACUCCAGAUAAGACAUUACAAAAGUUGGUAUACUAGCUGUCAGUUUUUUGACUGAUGGCGAUGUGUGCCUUUGAAUAUCCUGAUUGCAUCCAAAUGAAUUUUAGACUAUUUCACAAAUUUGCGGGGAAAUUUAGUGUGUGACUUUUUUUUUUGUUUAUGUAUUUUUUUGUGGCCACACUACCUGUAAAAAUGUCUUACUUAAAUUAUAUUUAAAAGGCUGGAGUGCAUCUGCAAGUUCACAGAAACACAGACUCACAAAUAUUAGAUAAGGAUAUAGAUGUCAGGAUACUCUUUGGAUCAUGACAGAAAUGACUUGUGGGAUCUUUAUGCACGCUGUGUGUGUGGAGUUUUCCUUUAUGCCUAUUAUUUUAAGUACUUUUUUAAUGCGCUGUUUUCUCUGCUUAGACCCCUCUUUAACAUUUUACCCAUAGAUUAUCACCUGCAAAAGAUUAUAGGCAUGUUUACUCUGUUGUAUUGCUCACUGGAAAUGUACCAUAAUCACAUUGUGGCCACUCCCCUCAGACAUCACACUUUGAGUUGAAAGCUCUGGGGCUUGUAGUGUGGUGGAGGUGGUGUUAUUUGUCAUCUACUAAAUGUAAUAAUUUGUCAAAAAUGUAACAAAUUCCCACAUUUUUCGCCAAAAAAAGUUGUUGUUUUUGGACUCAGUAAUAUUGUACAGUUACUACAUUUCAGGUAUUAUUGCAUUUUUAUUUUUAUUAAAUUUCCGAUCAUUGUUACAUAUUGGGCUCUAAAAUGGCUUAUUGCCACUUCUCAGCUUUUGGGUAUCUAAGUAUGUUUAACCUUGAAUAUGUCCCUCUGAAUUUUCACUCGGUGGUCUUUUCAGUUUCCUUGCUCAGCCCCUUGGUCCGUAAAUAGUUCAGUUUUUAUCAUUAUUUGAAUUUAGAGUCAGUAGUACAUUCCAUUCCACCAUUUCUUAUUAUUCUACUCAUUCUGUUUUGUUCCUAUCCUACUAAUUCCUCCCUCUGUUCAUUGUUUCUGUGUUUUCCUGAUUCAGUUCCUCUUUUUUGUCAGCCUAACUUGUGUCUUUUCUUUUUUUUUUCAUAACCAAGGCUGGUGUAACUAUCCACUGGACCAGCUGGGCUUUUGGAGGCGGAUGGAGCAAUUGAUCCAACGACUCACAGGGCAAAAACCACGCUCAGAUGACCUGGCGUGGGCCAAGAAGACUGACAGAUAAACACAAAUGGACAGAGGGGCAUGCCGGCUUGCAGCUGCAAACUUAGAAAGGAGAUGGAUGAGGAAAACACACGCUCACAUUCACGUAUAUGUUACCUAUGUCUUUAUGCUUCUUGCAUUUUGCUAAAGAGCAAAAACUCAAAGAAACUGUUUUUUGCCAAAAAAAGAAAGAAAAGAUAAUAAUAAUCCAAGACAGUUUGAGUGUUUUCUGUACAUGCUUGAGUCUGUACUUAACAAGCUUUGAAGGCAAAAACAUAAACUCUCUGUGGUUCCAGCUAAUCAGCUCGUAGUCCUGUUAACCAAUGACGUGUGGUGGCGUUGUGGUGUGUCGGUGUAGGAGGUUUCUGGAGGUUGGGCUCUCCAGGAGUGACACCAUGCUGCCUGUUUUAGGCAGCUUCUUACACCACUCACACACUUUACGCACACAUGCACAUAAUUACACAAACACAAACACAAACAAGUCUGGAAGUCAAAAAUUCACUUGUUGUCUGUUCUGAUUUAAUGGUGUCCUAAUGUUUUGAAGUAUAAGCGUUUGAAUUUUUUUCCAAGCACCAUCUUGAAACUCUCUUGUUUUCAUCCACGAGUAGAGAAAAUCUGACGCUUGUGUGCUGUAAACUUCAACUCUAGACAGUUAUACCUCUCCUCUUUUGUAACCCUGUUUGAAAUCAUCUCCACACACAACCAUCAGCGGCUGGGCUGCAGAUGCAUUCUCACACAGCUGCCACUCUUCAAGCGCAAACAUGUCUAAGCAGAAGUACCUAAAACAUCUCAUCCAUGUUCAGCUUAUUUAGGAUCAUUGAUUUAAAUUCUGUGACUUGUUUGACUUCUUGUAAAGCUUUCAUGUGUUGUUAUUCCUCAUCAAUCCUUGUGUUCAGAGAGGUGCUCAGAGUGCUCCGAUGCAUUUUUUUUUUUUUAGCUUUAUGAGAACACUUGUGUAUGUACAAAAGCUUCUACACUGACAUAUCCACAGUAUAAAAAUGAUUACAAAAUCCUUUCGAUCACCUUCAAGCCAUUGCAGGAAUUUUAUUUUGGAGGCUUCGCUCAUUUGAGAACAGAUAAUUUUGGACUGGAGUUAUUUGAAGCAAAGAAAGCAUUUAAUCUUUUGUGCUGUCAUGCUUACUAGCUAGGCAGCCAGACUUACAUGUUUCCUUAAUGUAAACAGAUCUUUAACUUGGAUGAUGAUGUCUGAGAAUGAAAGGAUAUGUAGGAUAAGUAGUCUGAGUUCUAUUUAAACAGACAGCUGCGCUCAUAAAUGAAGAAAAAAAAGAAGAAAUAUUUAAAAAGGCUCACCCACCUGUUGAGUUAAAAUAUGAACACCAUCCCGUCUCAAAUUGGGAUGAAAAAUAAGUGCUUGGUGAGCUUAGUUUAGCAUAGACUCCAUAAAAUCCAACCACACCUCCACAGCUCACUGUCUAUCAUAUCACAAACCAGGGCAUUCAGGAUGUAGAAAAAUGGCAAAAAUAGGCCGGCCGAGUUUCCUCCUCUUGUUUUCUUCCCAGAGUGUGGGCUGAUGGCUGUAGCUUCACAUUUGGCAUGAACAUAAUACUGCAUCAGUCUUCUGACCCAACUCUCAGCAGGCAAAAGGAAAAGCAUCUUUUAAAACAUGCCAGACAGUUUCUGAAGUGCAAUGUAUGUCAUAAACAUAGAAAUCAAAAUAAAAUGGAGGAAGUCUGGCAUGAGUUUGGGUAGGAAGUUGAAGAUGUUUCUACAUGAACUUGAGCCUCUUUUCUUCGUUUAGCAAAGCGGCACAGACAGAUAGAGGCAGAACCUCUUGGCAUGCAUGUUUUUUCUCCCCUCUGUACCUGUGCCAUGCCUGCAGACACAAAUCUAUUCAGCUCCAGUUCAUUUCUGGGAGGAUGCUUUUGGCUGCCCCAAAGGCCAUAAAUUGAGCUCUACAAGUUUGAUCAUUUACUGUUCACCUCCACACCGGAAACCUCGGGGCAGAAAAAACUUUGCUGCUUCGUGCCUCCAAGUCCUGCUUUCUGGGCACACUUUGCAUUAUCAGAAAUUCUGCUUUUUUGUUUGUUUGUUCAAAAAAGCCAGACAAUCUGUAGUCCUUACAAGUUCAUUUAAAUCAUCGAUGUAGUAAAAAAUGAAACACUGUCUUUUCCUUAAAAAUUACACCAUCACAAACAGAUUCUAUCAUUUAACACAUUUUUGACUCUUGGCACUGAUGGAAUCCAAACCUUCUUGUAGAAAAUAUAUUGAAAUCUCAUCUUCAUGUUUUCUGGAUGCUAAUUGCUGCCUUUGUUCAGUAGUUAUAAAUGCUAAACACAGGGACAAAUAAAAAAAAAUAACACAAGCAACAAAACCAAGAAUUAAAAAUAUCCAUAAGAAAAAUAAGGUUGAUAUAAUUUAAGCAGCAUUCAUAAUUUAACAUGAAAACAGAAAAAGAGUUCAAGUUUGAUUUUAAGAAAGAAAGAAACUAGUUUGUCUUUUUUUUUUUUAAGCAAAGAUUUCCACUUAAUUGCAUAGAUUAAAAAACAUGUCCAGCAUUUGAGUUGAAUUUCUGUCUCCACACAUGCACUUUAGUUAGCUGUUUCUAACUCUAUCUGUAGAGUCUUGCUGCUUGAACUGUAGUUUAAUUGUAGGCUGUAAAUCAUUUCAGCCACAGAUUAAUACUAACAGCACUUUAUUGUUUCACUAACUACAUAUCUCCAAAUGUCUCCUGCAGGCACUCAUGGUUACACACGGACAGAUAAAAUCAAACAUCUCACUUUGCAUGCACACACACACGCACAAAUCAAACAGCCUGGAUGCAGUCAUAUCCAAUCACACAUACAUGCUCUCUAUCACAUUGUGUUCUGUGUUCUCUGGCUUUAUAAUUUUCUAGUUUUUUAUUAAUGGAUCAAGCCUUGUAUAGUUAAAUUCCAUUUUGCAGCCCAACGCUCGCUGCUUGUCUUGCCUUAAUGUUUUUAUCUGCUCUUUGAUUUAAAUAAAGGUUUAUCAACUUCAAAAAACAAAA